CUAUCCUGGCAGUGGGACUGAGUUCUGGGAAGGGCAGUCCCUCCCCCGGAUGUGUGCGGCUUGGUACGGUCUCCCAGGCUGUGCUGGGACUCAGGAGUGGCAGGAGGAAGAAGGUGUGAGGAGGCCGCAGGAGAAGCACUAUUCCCAGGCUGGCUGUGUGUGUGUGUGUGUUUCCCGGACCCUAGAUAGCUCUCUGAACCCUUGUCCUGGAGGACAUGCCGACACAGCGGGACAACACCAUGUCCCAGCCAGUAGAUCAUUCCCACCAGGUCCGGGUCAAGGCGUAUUUUAAAGGGUGAGUACUGAAAUCCCAUCCUGGGACUGUGUACUGAUUGUUGAUACCCAGAGCCUGCCCUGCCACUGCUGCAUUGCUCCCUGACACUAACGAUCAAUGCAUGCUGGGACUUAUAGUCAUGCUGGGACUUGUAGUCAUGCUCUCCCCAUCUACUGUAUGGGCUGGGCUGCAAAUCACAUUGAGAGUAGGGGGUUGGGAAUCAUGGGCUUAACUAUCCGAUGGCCUGACAUCAUUGCUUGGGAUGAAUGUGUCUCUUUGGAGGGAUAUUUUCACCUAGUGUGUAUAUAUAUAUAUACAUGAAUACAGUUUGUCAUAUGAGAUCCUCAUACUGCUGGGAUGCUUUGCAUAGUGUUGUUUCUUGCGCUGGAUAAGUUAUAUUUGUAGAAAUUACUAUUAUGUGAUUCUUUUAUAAGCUGUAAGUAAGUUUAAGCAUUGCUAUUCUUCACUAUUAGGGCUGACAAAUCCACAGUGUAUAUCUGGACUCUUUGUUUAAAUAGUCAGAGCAAUAUCUUUAGGAUCCCUCCAUAAUGAAAAUGGCACUCCAAUCACUAUAACCACUGCAGCAUAUUGUAGGUGAUAGGGCACUUUUAAGCUAUGGGUGCUGUUCUGCAAUACUUUUGUCAAAUCAAUUCAUACGUGUAAUUUUUCAAACUCAAGGCACAACUCUUUAAAGCACUAAUGGUGUCCCUUUCUUAGUUUAGACCAGUGAUGGCGAACAUUUAGCUUGAGUACCCAAACCGCAAUACAAAACAACUUUUUUUCCUCAAAGUACCAACAUGGCAAUUAAAUACGACAAUUAUACACACACACUCAUAUAUACACUGACACUUACAGACACACUCACACAAACUGACAGACACACAGUGACUGACACACACACACACACUCACUCACAGACACACAUAUUGAUAGACACAGAGUGACUGACACACACACACACACACACACACACACACUGACAUGCAUACAGACACACACUCAUACACCAUUCCCCCAACACAAAAUCUACUAUUACUUAUUUAUUUUUUAAUUUUAGUUUGACUCUAUCCAGCCUCCGUGGGACAACUGGAGUGGGUUCCUCACCUGAGGUCCAGUGAGGCUGCUGGACAGGCAGGCAGGGGGCGAACUGACAGAGUAGACGGUGAGGGAGCUCUGAUCUUACUGCUCAGCUCCCUUGCACGCCGCUUAGUGAUGCCGGGAGCAUAUUCCGGUUCCUGGCAUCACUAAGCGGGGCGUGAGGGAGCUGAGCAGUAAGAGCUCAGGCUACAGCACUCCCUCGCCGCAUGCCCACAAUAGAAGCUGCUGCUCGCUUCGUGGGCGGCCCAAAGGUGGCCUGCCGCCCAGCUCUUGGGGACCCCUGGACACGAGGCUAACAAGGCAGUGCCGACCAAGGCAAAUGUCUUGUUAGCCUCGCCGUGAAUACACCACUGGGCACCCUACCAGCGACCUAUGGCCUCGUGCCCAAAGAGAGGGCUCAGCAUGCCAGCUGUGCCACGCUUGCCAUAGGUGUGCCAUAGGUUCGCCAUCACUAGUUUAGACUCAGGCCCCCUUCCCCUUGGUUAAAAAAAAUAAAAUAAAGUUAAAAGCAAUUGAAAGGGAAACUCUAGGCUGCAUUCAAGUUGUUAUGGUUCUAGGCGGUCCUAGGUUUAAUGAUCUCAGCUAAUGAGGCAGGAUGGUAGCUGCGAGGGAGAAAAUGUAAGAAAAAAAACCUUUUUUUUUUUUUUUAACUCCUUUUAGGCUGAGAAACAAAACCGCUACCAGGGAAGUAUAGUGUUAGGAACACACAUUUGUAGUACUAACACUGCACUGUUCCUUUAAGAUGAAGUGGUUAUUGGUCAUCGGAAAUGUUGCUCUUGUAGUAAAGAUACUUUGAUCGAUAUGAUGUCUCAAGUUAAAAGUGUAGACUUUGGGUGCCAGGAAAUUCUCCCCAAUUUUGGUUAUAGCACUUGUCGUACUAUGUAAUCACCAUGACAACUACAAUAUACUGUACUAAUGUUGCUUGAAACGUUACUUUAUCUCAUUUCCAUUCACACACAGUGUGAAUUGAACUCCAUAGAAUGGCAGCACUUUUCAUGUCUUGCUCCGGAUUAAGAAAUUAUGUGUUCAAGAAUAUAUGGUAGAUUUAGUAAUCCUCUCCCAUACUGUUCCUCUGUGCCUACAUUUUUCUUUUGUCAUAGUCCUUUACAUGCUUUAUUUACUUUCUGUAAAAGGCUGUGGGAUAUGUUGAGACUUUAUAAAUAUAUUAUUUCUACUGUCAUUAUUUUUAUUUAUUUUUUUCUUAUUUUCUUCAUGUGUACCAGUUCAGCCACAAUCAAGUUCUGGUAGCCACAUAGUGUAAGAGUGUAUCAGGUUGAUGGUUGCUAUGUUUAAAGAGGCCGGGUCAGUGUGUGCGCUUUAGGACUGCCGAGCUAAAAUAUGCUUGCUACGUAUGGAAUUAAGCAAGAACUCAAUGUUAAUAAAAAACACAAAACAAUGCCCUGUUGAGCCUGCUGUUCUGCAUUGUGUAGCUUUAGCUAUGCAAAAUAAUAUUGAAAAUCAAUGAGGAAGUGGGAAACAUAACAUAGUACAAGAACAAUUAUUCAUUUUUACUGGAGAAACCAAACAUGGUGUUAUCCGUUGUCGGUGUUUUCCUUAAAUUAGGAAUUGUUGGCCUUUGACAAGUGAAUUGCUUAUUUUUUGUAAAAACUGCAACAUUGAAAAACCUAUCGUACUCAACUAUUCAGGCCUAAGAUUCAGUAAAACUUUGUAUUGAUUUAUAAUUUGGAAUUCUGUAUAAAUGAAUGCAUAAUUUAUCCGAAAUAUUAUCAACUAGAUUGUGAAUAGUCAGUAACUCAGCAGGAUAUUGCAGUAUUGCUUUCAUGACCUUAGAUUUUCCAGUUCCCUUGGAAUUCUCCUUAAAGGAACAUGCCGCCUACUAAAGCACUUUAGCUUGCUGAAUAACUUUGGUGGUUAACUGAAAGUCCCCCCUAUCCUAUUUAUUGAAAUUUCUAAUUUCAAGAGAAAUUGGCACUUUUUAUAAAUUUGAUUAUAGUUCUUAGCAAUAGUGAGCACUUCUCAUAAUGAAACUUUGGUUUCAGUGCAUGUCUAUGUAAAUGUAUUCUAUUGGCAAAAGCUGCAACAUAGGUCCCCAGUGAGAAGCAUUGGAUUGGCUCAGAGAUCAUCGACAUCAAUGAUCUGCUGGCGUACAUGGUAGCUGUGACUUGGAGACUGUCUUAGUGCUCGGUUAUUUUACUUUAUCUUUCUAGAAUAAAAAAAGUAACCCUGCAAUGAUACCCUGCAAGUUUUAAAUCUAUUUAUUUUUAAUUUUGGAGUGUUCCUUUAACUACCAGUGUUAGUAAAUAAGUGAGUGUCAUCAUAGUAGGACUGAGGGACAAUAACUGACUGAAUUCAAUAUUUUCCACAAGGAAAAAAAGCACACAUGGCCCUGUAAAAGGAAUAAAGUCAAGUUUUCUCUGGAAGAAAAUUCUGUGUGCAUUUUUUUUUCUCUCAAUUUCAUUAUUAACGAUAGGCUUUAAACAAACAAGUGCAUACACCUUCUACUGGAAGAAACAUCAUUAAUGGCAAAUUAUAUACUCCACUAGCAGAAAUCUUUGAAAUGUACCAAUUAUACAUCAAAAUCAUUCUCAUCUUGCAAAGAGGUGGGUAGCUCUGAACAGGCUGCACUUUCCGGAAUGUUGUCCUCUGAUCAGAGUAGUCAAAUACCAGGAGGUAAAUUGGGAGGAAUGAUGUAAAAAAUCAGAUAUGUGGAAAUAAAUGGGGGCCAUUUAGCAAAUAAAGGACUUCUUUCAAAUUUUGCAUUGCUUUUGCACAGCCAUUAUAAAGCAAGUGCAUGUUACAAACAUUUUUGCUUCUGUUAGAAAACCAAAGUUUUUUUUGUUUUUUUUUUGUUGAAAACACAGAGGCAAGCAAACUAAAGAUAUUGAAAAAUACUUUGUCUAUGUGCAACGAUGCGCGACAGUGCAUAAUUAUAUGCAUUUAGGUCAAGACAUUUGUAUUUUAUCAAAGCAGGAUUUAUAAAGAGUUGAGCAGAUGUUUAAUAUUGGCAGAAUGUCAUAGUUAAAGGGACACUCCAAUAACCAGUGUCGCUGCUUGCCAGUGGGCCUUCCAACAGUCCAAACUUCAGCAAGACAGUCCUGGUUUUCGUGUUCUGCCCUGUCGUCCUGAUUUAGUUCUCUGAUUACCCGCAUCCUUUUCCAUGGCAACACAGCGCAGCAUCAUUAGAUGGGUACCAAGACCAUGAAGAGGGAACAGUGCUCUACAUGGCUUUCUGUGUUAGGGGCUGGCCAGCCAGGCUAACAAGCCCCAUUAUAGGCAUCAUUAGUGAAGUCCAUCCAUCUUGAUCGCCCAAUAUUGGGAGGUAUGCCCUUAUAUCAUUGCUAUAAAACUGCAGUGGUCUAAAAUAUAAUGAUGUUAUAUGUCCACUGGCCUUCACAAAUAAUUGCAUAACGUGCAUAUAAAAGUACCCACUUCUACAACUUUCUGUGCUGCAAUUGGUACUGAUCCUGCACAUGUGCAGUUACAACUUCUUUUCCGUUCAAAAUAAAUAAAUAAAACCAUGGAAAGGUUAAUAGGCUAAAAAAUGGUUAGGCCAGUAACUUCACAACUGCUAUAAAUGAAAAUGAAUGAACUUCUACCCAGGCUGCUGUAAAGAAUGUGAUCAUUUCAUCACAGCUAUUCCAUGACUGCUGUCAGCCUGGGCAGUUCACGUUUUUCGUUAAUUGAAAUGUUGUUUUGAACAAAACCUCAUGUUUCAUAAAGCUUUGAUGUUUACUCUGUGAAAGGAAAGGCAGCAAUAGUAAAGUUUCGUGAGACGGUCGCCCAUGACGUGACUUAGUACAAUGUACUUGUUACUUCUAGUGGGCCCCAUUAAAAUAGCCUGAGGAAUCAGUUUCAAUACAGGUCUCAACCAAGGUGUUGAGAAACAUUACCUAAGUUGCACUUUAAAUGGUAGCAGUUUUUCUUGUUAUGUGUAUUGUUUGUGAUCAAUUUUGUCAGCUCUAGCAAGGGCAACAGAAGGACAAUGCAUGAAUGGGGUUUGGUCAAACAGGAAAAUGUGCUAUUUAAAUCCUGGUUCCUGGUUUCCUUGAAAUGUUACCUGAAUAAUUUAUUUUUUUUUUGUGUAUUUUUAUCUUGGUUGUUUUAAUAAUCAUUUGUUUAGUGCCAACAUAUGCCACAGUGUUUUACAAAUUGCAGUGAGGUAUAAAAAUGCACAUAAUUAACAAAUGUGAAUAAGACAUUGCUCACGUCACUACACAAACCAAAGAUUGUUACCUAGAGGUUUAGACACUGAAUGGAAUCUUUAGAAUGUCUGUUAACCCCUUAAUGACACAUGACAUGUGUGACAUGUCAUGAUUCCCUUUUAUUCCAGAAGUUUGGUCCUUAAGGGGUUAAAGGGAACCUGUUACUAAACAGAAGUUUAAAUUAAAUGCACACUCCAAGCACCAUAACUACUACAGUUUAUGGUGCAAGCGGUCAACCCCUUCGAAAUGCCACAAAAUUCUGCUAACCUUCAAAGGAUUUUCUCAUGGUAAAAAGAAAGUGAAACCUCCCAAUUAUUACAUCAGUGGUAGAGAGAAGGGUAGGGCUUUGACUACCAGAAAUGUCUCCUGUAUUCUUAUAAUAGUGUUUGAAACUGUAUACAGAUUUUUUUUCACGGUGCGAGUUACACAGGAAAAAACAGAGAGAAAAAUAAAAGGAUUAUGAGCCACAAACUGUGAGAGAGCCAGGGUCAGCUCCAUUGUGUGCACAUGUUAAGGCGAUAAAGUCAAUCACCAAGCUAAGCUUAGGUAGAGAACUAUUGGCUCUUCAUAUUAAAGGAACACUCUAGGCACCAAGACCACUUCAGCUCAUUGAAAUGGUUUGGGUGCAGUGCCCCUGUCAGUUUAACCCUGCGAUUGUAAUUAUUGCAGUUAUUGAUAAACUGUGAUAAUUACCUUGCAGGGUUAACACCACCUCUAAUGGCUGUCUACCAGACAGCCACUAGAGGCACUUCCUGUUGGUUAGGUGUCUUUUAAUCAUGUGACGCUGGACGUACUCACGCUCUGCAUGAAGGCAUCCAGUGUUCACUAAAAGGAAAGCAUUGAUCGUGGCUUGUCACUCAUGCGUGUUAAGCCCCCCUAAUGGAGGUGGAAUCUGAACCAGCACCUAACCCAGUGUAUGACCCAUUGGAGCUAAAAUCAGUUAAGUGACAAGGUUUUUUUUUUUUUUUUUUAACAAUUUUGCUGUCGUGGGGGGUGGGGAGGAUAACACACUCCCGUGUAGGAGGUGUGUACUAUAGUGUUAGGAAUACAACCGAGUAUUCCUAGCACUAUAGCUUCCCUUUAGGUGGUUGAAGCGAGGAGCUCCCACCACUUAAAAGUCAGAAGUCAAACUAUUCUAGAAUGGUUUAAACACGAUUAGUUGUGAGCAAGAGACCUUACUUACAUGUGCAUAUUUUUCUUCUUCUUCUUCUUAAAGGGAUUCUGUAGUUUUAGGAAUACAAAUCUGUUUUCCUAACUCUAUAAUGCCCUCUGGUCCUCCCACCCUCCCUUGCGGCCACCCAAGGCGCAUGAAGGGUCAAAAAACAUUUUACUCACCCGGGUCAGUGCUCUGCCUCCUCCAGCAUUAUCCGACAGGGGGAUGUAAAGCACAUGCGUGGCCCCUAUAGGCCCCUUUAGGAAAGUAUUGAAUUAAUGCUUCCUUGUGGGGAUUUUACAGACAAUGGAUGUCCUCAUGCAGAGAAACCCAGAGUGCGGCAUUCUCCCGGAAGCGCCUCUAGUGGCUGUCUGGUAGACUGCCAUUAGGGGCUGGCUUAGCACUGCAAUGUGAAUAUUUGUUAUACAUUGCAGGAAUAAGUGGGAUAGGGACAACGCACCUAGACCACUUCAGAGUGCCUAUAGUGUCCCUUUAACUUAACCCCUUUUACUCGCAAAACCUUGUGUGCCAAGGCAGGCAUGAAGGGGUGGGAAGAGGAGGCUACUUCAUAACCCAUUCUUAUGGAGAAAUGUUAGAGUAAUAUUAUGAUAACCACAUUAUUAUAGCUAACCUAUAUAUCCACGGGGUUUGCAAUUAUAUAGUUAUUAUUUAGAAUUAAUCAUUCCCUUUCACAAAGGGUAUAUUUUGUUUUGAGGUUUUGCUGUCCCUUUACAUGGUACUACGAAAAUGCGUACAUAUUCACCGGAAUUCUACCUGCUCUAAUUAAAUAUUAAAAGCAAGACUUUUUAUAUGCUUUGUGAGCAGCAUGCAUAUCUCUGUCUCCCAGGCUCUUGGAUGUGAAGGCCGUAAAUAAAAUCUAUGUAAACAAGAAACUAUUGACGAUUACAAAUGGCUUUUAGAGAAUGGAAUCUGGAAUCCAAGGUUACUGGGUCUGCGUAUGCAGUCUGUGAAGACUGGCUGGGCAUCAUGGGAAAAAUAGUUCUAAGAUUAGCCAUGACUACUCUAGGGGGUCACUUAACAGUACUCUCAAAGUAAUCAAGUAAACGUUUCAUUAGUAACAAAAGUAUUUAAAUGAUACCACUGCAAUAAUUUUGUUUUAUAUUGACCUAAUAUGAAUGACACACUGCCUACUCCUGGCUGGCGUCCAGAUCACCACAUUCUAUGUGCAUUUCCGAUGUAGAGGACGUUGUGAGACUGUCAGUAUACUUUCACAUUCCAUAAAACACUGAAUUGAAAAGUGAAAUUAUUCAAUUAUUAAUCUCUCAUAUAUCCUGCAUGCACAAGGGUUCCUGUCCCACUACCCUUCAUUUUUCCUCCUUUACUGCUGGUAUGAUGGCAUCAUGGCAUAGGUGUGCCCUACUUGGCAGGGUCAGCCAAACAGGAGGAAAGCAGGAUGUAGGGGGGAGCAGGGAUGGGUGUCCCCUACAGAACCUGCCUGAUAGCCUUGAUGUGCUUGCUGGAAAGGAGAUUAAUAAAUUAAAUAGCAAUUACAUUUUAAAUUUUCCCUGUGCUAAAAUAAAUAUGUUCAUUGCUUAAGGGAUUGUUUGCUUUUGAAGAGUACUUGUCAUGACAGGUUCCCUGUAACCAUAUGCAUUUUUUUUCCUUUUUUAAUGCUGUUCAUGCAGGGCUCAAAUCUAAUGUCCUUUAAGCUAGAGGAUGCAGAUCCAAAUUUAUUAAGUGCACAUUUUUAACAAAUGAUAAAACACCCCUAUUAUUACUUUUAAAAUCUAAUGUUUUCUCAUUCUUUGCAAUGUUAGUGUACCUGAGAUUAUUAUUAUUAGAUACAGUAACGUUUUGCACAAGUUGCUGACUCGUACUAUUUUAAUGGUUCAAGCGUCUGAAAGUCCAACGCAAUCAGAAGUUCUAUAUGAGACAAAGUAGAGACUAUUUUUGUCUCGUGUUAUGGGCAAUCCACAGAGUCUCGACUGCCAUGGUUGACGAUGAUCGGAAAAUACACCAUAAUUUGUUAUGCGCUGUAGAUAUCUGUGGCACCUUCAAAUAUGGUGGAAGAAAAAUGAUGAGAAAGAACUUGUACAUUUCCCUAACUGCUCCCCCAUUGGACACCUUCCCACAAAUGGACCUGCAUGUUGUGUGGAUAUUGGAAAUAAUGCAAAGAAUCCACAAGUAACUGUGCUGCAAUUACUGCUGGAAUUUAGGAAUACCCAGCUUCCAAAAGCCUCUCUCUGUGUGACAUUGCUGUUGCAUGUUGCGGUUCCUAACGCUGGGGCAUUACUGGUACCAUAAUCACUACAGCCCAAUGCCAAUGUUAUGGUGCUUGUAGUUUUCAGGGAUCCAACUCCAAUCUGUAGUGUUCUUUUAGAGUACAUAAAGUCAAGGCUGGAGAACCAACACAUGCCAGCUUAUAUAUUCACUAUUUAGAAUAAUACUAUUUAUCUCACAUGAUUCUCAGCAGAUCAGAGACCAGAAAAUCCAAAAUGUAAAACAUAUUGCCAACUGCAGAGUCCAGCGAUUCUGGGCAGGAAUUCCACUUUUAACUCAAUGAUUUAGAGAGGGUUCAGAGAAGGGCUACUAAACUGGUUCAUGGAUUGCGGGAUAAAACUUACCAGGAAAGGUUAAAAGAUCUUAACAUGUAUAGCUUGGAGGAAAGACGAGACAGGGGGGAUAUGAUAGAAACAUUUAAAUAUAUAAAGGGAAUCAACACAGUAAAGGAGGAGACUAUAUUUAAAAGAAGAAAAACUACCACAACAAGAGGACAUAGUCUUAAAUUAGAGGGACAAAGGUUUAAAAAUAAUAUCAGGAAGUAUUACUUUACUGAGAGGGUAGUGGAUGCAUGGAAUAGCCUUCCAGCGGAGUGGUAGAGGUUAACACAGUAAAGGAGUUUAAGCAUGCGUGGGAUAGGCAUAAGGCUAACUAUAAGAUAAGGCUAGGGACUAAUGAAAGUAUUUAGAAAAUUGGGCAGACUAUAUGGGCGGAAUGGUUCUUAUCUGCUGUCACAUUCUAUGUUUCUAUGUUUCAUUAUCCGUUGUGUUUGAGUAUAAAAACACAAUACCAUGCUAUAUGUCAGACCUUUCUGUGAAGCUUUUUUGCUGUUGAUGCUUGAUUCAUUGAAUCUACUAAGAGAGCUAAAAUGGUUUAACCAAAUCUGAAAGGACUGUAUUUGUAAUGUCCUAGCACCAUAACCACUACAGCAAUGGUGUUCAGAAUGCUCCUGAAUAUAUAACAAAAAAACUCUGUAUGAAACAUAUUGAACAAUAUAUAAGCUCUUGGCUACUUGACAGAGCAGCACAUGCUUUCCAUAGGAAUACUAGUGAAACAUAGUAUGGUACAGAAACUAGAACUUGGGUAAUAUUGUCUUAGUCGCAUUCCUCUCUGAUGAAUGCAGCAUGAGAGUGAGCUGUCUCUUUCUCAUAGCAGCGUGGGUGGUUUCUGUCAGGCUGCUAUUAGAUUAUUCACUGACCUUCCAACCUGUGUGUGAUGUCACAACUUGUGUACAGUUCUUCAAUGUGUGUAGCAGCUCCAGGCAGCAUCAUCACUAUAUAAUGAUUUCUUACUCUCUUCCUAAUAGUGACUCCGCUAAAGAGAGAGGACGUCAUUUCAUUUUCAGAAGAAUAAAUUACAUCUGCAGUGAAGCACUGCGUCAUUUUAGUACGCCUCUACCUUCCUGAUUAAUGACUGACAGAAUUCUCACUGAGCUCCUGUGUUCUGACCAGGGUACCAUUGCAGUUCUGUUGCAACAUAUAGAGCAGGGGUGCCCAAUAGGUAGAUCCUCAGAUGUUUUAAAACUACAACUUCCAUGAUGCUUUACCUUUCUAAAGGUAUUCUAAAUGCAUGCAAAGCUUGUUGGGAGUUGUAGUCUUACAUCAUCUUGGGAUCUACUUAUUGGGCACCCCGAUAUAGAGAGUAGCUGGUAACAUGCAGUUGUUUUAUGUUGUAUUAUUAUUAUUUGUGCUCCUCUCUACUUUAAUUAACAUCUGUAAUGACCAACAUGUCUUGGGGUCAUUACAAAGGGAAUUAAAUGUCAUGUAUACCAGGGCUCAAAAUUUCAACUCCCCACUAGGUAUUGAUGAAUGGAGAUUCAGCCCGGGCUCUCCAGACUUGCCGUGGCAAGUAUCUUUUAGGCUUGGAUAGUAGUGUAGGGCUGGACAUUUUGUGACUUGAGAUAGACAUUGUUCUAGGAAAUGUAUAGAUGAAAAGUUACUCAACUGUACAUUUUGACACACUUGGGCUUUCCAAGCACACAUGGAGGGGUAAGGGUUUGAAUGCAGCGGUUUGGGACAUUUCAGAAGACCAUGUUAGGUGUGAUGGAAGAGAAACAUCAGGUAAGUAUAUAUUUUAACAAAAACAGAUAAUAAGAAAACUCUAAGAAAGGGCAAAAGCUUAGAGAAACUUUAUAGAUUGCCCUUCAGCUAGUUCUAAAAUAGUUAUUGCUUACCUGUGCCAUUACAAAGAGAAUCCACACCAUUUACAUAUCCGACUGAUUCGACUCGUAUGGUAAGUCCAUAAUCGAAAUGCUGGCAAGUUCUCUCUGCACGUAAGAUAACGCAACCCUGGACGAUUAUUUCGGCCUACUUUAGGCCCUUAUCCGUGAGGUGUAGCUGAUACCCCUCUAGGCAAAAACUAGUCGCAUUUGCUUUGGCUCUCCCAAAGUUAAAAGGGUAAUGCAGACAUGAACCCCUUAGUCCUUAGAGAGAGCCCAUGCAAAUGCAUUGCAACUACAACUAUUACUUUUCUCUAAGCUAUCCCUCUGUUUUUGUUGCAAUGCAUUUGCUUGGACUCCCUGGCCCUGGAGCGGUAACAGUUACACCUCACUGACAAGGCCCAAAGACAGAUGAAAUGAUUGUCCGGGUUGCGGUGUCUUACGUACAGAGAGAACUUGCCAGCAUUUAAGUUCUGCACUGCCUUUAUGGUUGGGAUCCGUCUGAUAUGCAAAUGGUGUGGAUUCUCUUUGUAAUGGCACAAGUGAGCAGUAACAAUUAAACUGCAGAGUUCCUCUAAGCUUUUGUCCAUUCUCAGAGUUUGGAUAUUCUCAGUUUUUUUGCAAGUAUAUUUUAAAUUGUACACCUACUAGUGAUUUUGUGAGUACAGUCAGGGGCGUUUUACCUGCGAGGCAAACAAGGCAUUUACCUUGGGCGGCAUUUUCCAGGGGGCGGCAAAAAAAACCGCACCAAAUGCCCAGGGCAAAUGUCUUGUUAGCUUUGCGGCUAACUGACAAGCCUGCCGGGCGUGCGGGCUGGUGGGCGGCUGGCGAGGGAACACUUUCCUCUGAGCUGUCUGCUCAGCUCCCUCGCGCGCCGCAGAGUGAGGCUGGGAGCCGGAAUAUGACAUCAUAUUCCGGUUCCCGGCAUCACUCUGCGGCGCGUGAGGGAGCUGAGCAGACAGCUCAGAGGAAAGUGCUCCCUUGCCAGCUGCCCGUCAGCGCCAAGCAGCCACUGGACGUCCAGGGAGAAAGAGAAAAAAAUGUGUUAAUGUGAGUGAGUGUGUGUGUGUAUGUCUGUUAGUGUGUGUGUAUGUCAGUGAAUGUGAGUGUGUCUGUUAAUGUGUCUGUGUCUGUCAGUGUCUGUCUGUCAGUGUGUGUGUGUCUGGUAGUGUGUGAGUGUGUGUGUGUUUCUGUUAGCGAGUGUGUGUUUCUGUUAGCUAGUGUAUGGGUAUCUGUCAGUGAAUGUGUGUAUGUGUAUUUUAGAAGGCGGGGCGGGGGGAAGAGUUGGGUGGUGGUGCCUAGGGCAGCACAAAACCAGGAUACACCACUGAGUACAGUGUAUAAAUUAUAUCAAUAUCUCGGUUGCAGCUGCGACCCCUGUGACCGCGGUAGUUCUGCCACUGCAUCCAUACACAGUGCUUAAAAAACAGCUUGAGAACUGGGUUCCUGACAUCAUUACUCCAUUAACUAUUAAGCACUGCAAACAUGUCUGCUUAACUAGCUACGGACAAUAUUCAUCUCCAUCUAUGGGAUCUUUUUUCAUACCCUUUUUUUUCCAUUUUGUAAAAUGCCCCGGCAUAGACUUCCAUGUUUCCAGUCAAGGAGCGCAAAGAGCCUUGCACGAUCCAAUCACAGGAUUCUCGUAGAGAAUAAUGUGAUUGGACUGUUUCGCCAGCUCAGAGCACAUAGGUGUAAUCAGAGCGGGCAAGGGGGGUUGGAAAUUUAAUUGAAGACAAAGAGAAUUGCUGAGCUUAUUGGGAGGCAGAUGAUUCAACUCAUAGAUGGAGGGGAGAAAAAUGCUUCCCUUUGUAGGCACUGCCUGAAACGGAGCAGCUCAAUAUGUCUUUUGCCAGUAUGCAGUACAUGAUGGAGUAUUUUGUGCACAUAAUUGACAUUGACAGAAUUCUAGCUGCCCAAAUCACAUGUGCCAGGGGUGUAAAUAGCCCCAGGCCCAAAAGUGCAGAUUUCUCUCUAUUUUUCGGUGUUUCAAGUAGAAACGUUGCCCGUACAGAUUCCUACCACCAUGACUAAUGCAAAUCAUUGAAGUGAUCAUAGUGGUUGGAGUUUUAAAGAGACACUUUAGUCAUCAAAACUAUUUUAGCCUAAUGAAGCAGUUUUGGUAUAUAGAUUAUACCCUGCAUUCUCACUGCUCAAUUCUCUGCCAUUUAGGAGUUAAAUUACUUUGACUAUGCACCCUAGUCACAUCUCCCUGCAAGUAACGUGCACAGCCUUCCUAAACACUUCCUGUAAAAAGCAACACAAGUAAGUGUGAUGAUAAAGGUGCUUAAUUAACAAUAAUAAUGUAAUUAAUAAUAAUAAUAAUAAUUUAUAGCAACCGAUACACUCUGUUGUUACCCCAAAACCACAAGUUAGAAAAUACUGGAAAAAAAAACCCCAGGAAAAACACUGUUUAGGUGAUAAGACCCCACACCUUUGUUCCCAAGUGUGAGUGCAGCGCUUAAAAAUCAUGUAACUUAUCCUUCAGAUGUUGUAUGGGGUUAAAUUUAGACCUGAAAGUUGUUUUUCCUCUUUCUUUUUAAUUUUCCAUGUCCAAAAUUAACCCCCAUACAACAUUUGAAAGGUAAGUUAUCUGAUUUUUAGUGCUGCACUUACCCUUGAUGUGUGGGGUCUUAUCACCUAAACAUUUUUUAUUUUCUGUACUUCCUGUAAAGAGACCUCUAAUUUUAACACUUUACCUUUAUUGCAAAUUCUGUUUCAUUUAGAAUUUCUUAUCUCCUGCAUGGUCUACCAAGCUAUUACUAGCAAACACUUACCUUUCUCCAGCGCCGAUGGGCAAGAGCCGCGCGCGCAUUCAAACCGACCAUAGGAAAGCAUUACUCAAUGCUUUCCUAUGGACGUUAGCGUCUUCUCACUGUGCUUUUCACAGUGAGAAUCGUGGAAGCGACCUCUAGUGGCUGUCAGUGAGACAGCCAUUAGAGGCUGGAUUAACCCUCAGUGUAAACAUAGCAGUUUCUCUGAAACUGCUAUGUUUACAGCUGCAGGAUUAAAACCUGGGGGACCUGGCACCCAGACCACUUCAUUGAGCUGAAGUGGUCUGGUUGCCUAUGGUGGUCCUUUAAAGUUCAAUUUAUAGAACAGGAGAGAGGGGGGAAAACGUCUAAAGUAAGUUAAUAUCUGAUUGAAAAUGAAACCCUUUUUUUAAUGCAGGCUGUGAGAGUUACAGCCACGUGAGGUGUCACUAGGGCUGUACGGACAGAAACAAAUGUGAUUUAACUCCUAAAUGGCAGAGAAUUGAGCGGUGAGAUUGGAGAGGCAUGAUCUAUACACCCAAACUACUUCAUUAAGAUAAAGUUGUUUUGGUGACAAUAGUGUCCCUUUAAGCUACAAAAUGGUAAAAAAAAAAAAAAAAGUGAAUUACAAAUUGUUGUUUUCUGAAUAUUUACACAUGGUUUAAGGUAACACUCAAAACAUACUAUGGUGGUUAUGGAGCCAGGGGUGCCCUGACUGCACCCCCAAUGUAAGUAAUCCAACCAUUUGUUUGAAUUCUAACUUGGGGCUCAUCAAGCGCUGUUUCCCAUCUACUGUUAGCAGCCAUGACAGCCAAAAGCACCUGCUUACCAAUUUCUGUUACCUAUCCUAAGCCCAGCACUGCCAGGUCGUGUUCAGGCAAAGAGCUAACUGGCCUGGAGGCUGCUUUAGAGACUCAGAGCUGCUCCCUGUUUUCCCCAGAUAAGAAGUCAAGCUAUUCUAAAAUGGUUUGACUAUCUACAAUGCCAGGGCGCCAAGGCACUUCUGACACUCUAAUUACUAUAGUGCAAUGUAGCGGUUAUGCUGCUUGGAGUAUUCCUUUAGGAAGGUUUGGGGUGUCAGCCAAAAACAUGCCUAAAUGUUACUUUUCACUAGUUUUGUGAGAUUUUCCUUGUUUGACAAUUUACCCAUUGCUAUUUGUGGUUUCAUAGAGUUGAUGCCAUAGUUUGUUUCACUGCUAAUUAUAGUGUGCACUUAGCUCCAUUUGAUACACAUAAUAGAGAGUAUGGCAUUUUUUUUUUUUUUUGUAUUCUGUGCUGCAUGAAUCAAGGGAUUCAUUGAAGCAAGUCAUGAUACUGGAAUGGUCGUGAUUCUAAGUUUUAAAUUAAAUAUAUUUUUCUAAUCUUAGUAAACUGCGAGUGGGAUAUAAAUUGUAUGCAAAUAGAUUCUGCCUGUUAUCUGGUUUCACAUGAACACAUUGCCUAAUGACUGCCUUCCGUUAAUGAAUUUGGCUUAGGAAAGUCCACUCAAGCUUGUCACAUUAGGUGAUAUUCAUACACUACAAAAAAUGUGAUAUGAGACAAAUUCCAAAUGAAUGGCUGAAGACCCAGCACUUAUGUGACUGUCAUCAGGACAUCACAAGAGAACUGGGUAAAUCUAUACCUACUGCUCUAACAAUAACAAUAGGACUAAUACUAUAUUACUUGUCUCAAACACAAACAUACAAUAAUUAAUUCCGAUUUCCAUAACCAUACCAAGUUCUUAAAGAGGUAAAAUUUAAUUCACACAUCUGACAGGUGUAAAAGCUAAAUUAUAAUUAAAUUCAAACAUUACAAACACAUAACCUUCUUUACAGAACUUUGUUGAUCAAUAUAUACAUUUAAUAAAAUUAAUCAACAAGGCUCUAAACAAUGUUAAUAAACAUUAAAACAUAGAAACAUUUUAAACUACUAUAGGCACUGGUAUUCAUAUAGCGUCAGUAUAUUCCGUAGUGCUUUACAAUAUUAUCAAUUUAUCAGUCUAUAGGAGGUGGGGCGUAAAACCCAACAGGACAGGAGGUAGCAAUCAAACAUGGUGGAGUGAAGCAGAGCUGAAGGAGAGAAUAGAGUGCUGGCCUUUAGGACAGAGCAAAGGACAGGUAUGUGAGGUAGAGGUUACUCUGGGAGGCCAUAAGCGUUCCUAAAUAGAUCGGUUUUGACGCACUUUUUAAAUUAUUGAAGACUAGGGGAGAGCUUGAUGGUCGUAGGCAGAGUAACCAAAGGAAAGCAACCACCCGCGAGAAGUCCUACAAGCGUGAGUUGGCUGUAUGGGUGUGAGCAGCAGAUAGGAGAAGGUAAUGGGCAGAGCGGAGAGACCGAGAUGGGGCAUACCUGUGGGUCAGUGAAGAGAUAUAGGAGGGGCUAGAAUUGGUCAGUGCUUUAUAGGUGUGGAUUAGUAUCUUGAAUUGACUCCUAUAGGAUACAGGAAGCCAAUGUAAGGACUGACAGAGGGGUGAGGUGUGAGAGGAGUGACAGGAGAGGAAAAUCAGUCUAGCUGCAGCAAUAAUAAUAGACUGUAGAGGGGCAAUACGACUUGUGGGAAGACCUAUUAGGAGAGAGUUAUAAUAAUCUAUGCGAGAGAUUACUAGAGCAUGGACAAGGUCCUUAGUAUAAGCAUCUUGUGUAAGAAAGGGGCGGAUGCAGGGUAUGUUUUUAAGGUGGAUUCUACAGGUUUUGGUAACAGACUGGAUGUGAAGCUCAAAUGUGAAGCCAGAAUCAAGUAUAACACCAAGACACGCGCUUGCAAGGAUGGACUGAUGUGGGUACCACUCACUUGAAGGGAGAGCGAAAGAGGGGGAUCUGUAUUAGGGGGAGGAAAGACAAGGAGUUCAGUUUUAGAGAGAUUGAUUUUCAAAAAGCAGGAGGACAUCCAAUCAGAGAUGGAAGAAAGGCAAGCAGUGACAUGUUGCAGGACGGCAGGGUAGAGAUCCGGGGAGGAGAGAUAUAUCUCGGGGUCAUCAGCGUACAGGUGGUAGUGGAAUCCAAAUGAGGUAAUAAAUUUGCCAAGAGAGGCAGUAUAAAGAGAAAAUAGAAGAGGACCAAGUAUAGAGCCUUGGCGGACUUCAACAGAGACACAACGAAGGGAGGAGGUAUCAUUAGAAAAGGAGACACUGAAUGAGCGUUGGGAGAGAUGGAAGGAAAACCAAGAAGGACAGAGACCGAGUGAUAGAAGUUUGGAGAAGGAGAACAUGGUCACUGUCCCACUGCGUUUUAGUCCUGCAGUGUAAUAUCAGACAACGAGGAGGGAUGGUACCUUGGAGACCAGCUCUGCAACAAAGAAAAGGUAAGUAAAAUACCUUUUUUACUCCGUACAGGUUAGGGCCAUGGACCUAAAUGGCCACCAUGUCUCUAUAGCGUUAAGAAUGAACAUUUAUAUUGAUAACUCUAUAGUGUCCCUUUAAAGAAAAUCUAUUUUGGAAAUACAACUGCUUUUAUUGAAAAGAAAAUUAUACACAACAACCUCAGUUACAGCAGUGCCCUUCAUACAGGAAUUAUCUAAUCGUACACAGUCUUUCACACCUGUACAUACAAGCGUAAUAGCAGCUAGGCAGUCACAUAAACUGUAACAUACUAGUCAAUCACAAACGUAUAUACACGCAUAGCUAAAUAUUCACAUACAAGUACAUAUAAACACAACCAGAUAAUCACAUGUGCGUACAUGCAUGUAAGCUCAUAUGAACAGGCCUCUAACCUACUUCUCUUAUAUUUGGCUUCUUGCAAUCUCUUGUUUUUUCAGUCCACCUACUUUACAGCGCUGGAGAAUAUUUUGGCGCUUUAUACGUAAUAAUAAUAAUCUACAAGCUCAACCGAUUCCCAGAAUUUUUUGAUCUUGUGGCCAGUAUCAGUCACUGAACAGUUGGCCAGUAAGGCAAAUCACUAUUAGCACGUCUUUAAGAAGAAAAAGAGCACUAAGCAUGCGGUAUAAUCAUCUUUGGUCUGUAGUCAUGGGUUUAAUUUUAUUCCCUUUCUGAAUGACCAGCCCAUCCCAAACUAGUUUUCUAUGAUCUGCCAUUCAUAUCCAUGUUGUGUUUAGUGAAACCCCAUCUGAAUCAUGCGUUGACUUGGCAGAUGAGCUGUACAUGUUGUGCAAUAAUUUGUUUGUGAUUGGAAAUAAAAACGUAUAUGUCUUGGCACUCAUAAUGUGCUUUUUGCCUUGCACUCCACAUCUAAAGAAACACAAAAUAUUAAACGUCACUUCAUCUCUUCGUUCACCCUAUAUUUUCAGAUUACUGUUUUAUCUGUGUUGCUAGGUUUUGGCUAUUUUUCUUUUUCUAAUGGUUUUUAAACGUUUUUUUAAAUAAAGUGGUUUGUUCAGUUCAUUUCCUUUUUUUAAAAUUUUUUAAAUUUUUUUAUACUUCUUUAUUUUUGUCGUGCAAGAAUUUACAACAGUGUCUGUGUAGCCACAACAGCUGUAACAGACGCAGUCAAAUAUAACAUAGUAAAACAUUUUCGUGGCAUAAGUUAACUCAGCACGUUUUUGUAAUUUAGUGAACAGGAUUAGGCCAAAGGGUAUGUAAGGCAUUCAAUUAAACAUUGCUAGUGUGUCUUCGAGUUAGGUGUAAGGACUGGUCUAGUGAAGGAGGUAUGCAUACAUUGCUAUAUCAUAGAUAGGUCUGGUUACCGGAAAGCCUAUAUGUCGCAGCGGUUAGUAGCAUUAUAUUUGGCUAACCCUUAAGGUUAACAUGCUUUGUGAACACAUUUAUGUCAUGCUUAUUUUGUAAAGUUUCAUCGCAUUAAUAUCUGUCACGGUACCCUCCAGCAUACACCAAACAUUAUGUACUUAUACACGUUGAGUCAAGUCGCUUAUAUUAAGUAGGGUCAUCGCACAUUUUGUAGCGUUAUACUAGGAAUUCACUUGGUGUCCAAAACUGAGUGCGAAAUAUAUAAGAUUAUAGAGAAAACAGACCUAUGUAUAGAUGCUUUUAAGUGACAGUAGCUUAGCUAGGGUAAAAAUAAAACAAUCUAGGAAAUCUCAGGUCAUCAUAGGCAGCUUAAGGAGUCCCAAAGUGGUGACCUUUCUGGUUACAGGGUUUCAGUCCAGCAUGGGUAGGAGUCCAGUAGUCAGGGUUUCAUCCAAUACCCGUUGUUGGUCUGCUCAGUGAGCCAGCAUAUAGCAUGCUGCACUUUGUGGCGCUAUGUGAGUGAGGCAAACGACUCCUCCGUCCCCAUUGUUUUGCGAUAUGUAGCUGCAGCGAGCCAUGAGCUCUGGCGCUCUCUGGGGAGAUCUCGUGGUGUCUUGGAUGCAGGUUUACUCUUCUGCCCCGGAGCUGUAGGAGAGCUGAUGCCCAUUUGCCACGAGCCCGGGUUCCUUUGUGGCCCAGGGUCGUCCCUGUCGGGAUGGUGCGGCGGGCCUUAAUCGUAGGUCGUUGUGGCGUUUGUUUGAUCGCCCUCCGCCGGUGUGGUCGGCACCUGUGGGGUGCUCCCCCUGUUACUCUCUGCCCGGGCGGCCAGUAGUGCUUGAAUCCAUAGAUCGGGUCAGUAGUGUGCCCUGAAGAGAUUUCUCCAGCCUCCUCUUACCACGGACUUUGUCCCGUGCUGGUGGCGCGUGUGUUGUCGUCGCUGGUUGUAAGCGCGCUCGCAGCCUUGCCCAGAAGCGGUCGAAUAUAUCGCCAAUGGUGUCUUUGACGGCGUUGUUCGUGCCUGACAGGAUGGGCUGUUGCUGCCGCAUGGCCCCUUGAGCUGGGUCCAGUGCGUCCGCCAUCUUGGAAGCUCCUGCGCCCACGUUUCUUGUGAGAGUCGCUGGCCCCGUCGUGAGGUGUGGGGCAUGAAGAACUUCGCCUGGCGGGUACCGGGAUAUCCCCCACCGGUCCAAAGGGGGGAGGGGAGGUGUUUUGUGCCCCCAUGAGGUUGUCAGCAUUGGGCGGGAAAGCAGCCGUCUUUCCCCCUCACCUCCUGCACCAGGCCUCAACACACUGCUGCGGUUUGCGGUCAUUCCGGGCUUUAUGUGUAGUAUUGCUGGGUUCGUGCAAGCUUCCCCUGAUCAGUCAGCUUAGUCUUGGGAGAAUUGUAGCUCUGCACCCCGAGAAAUCAGUGUAUUUUGAGUCCAAGCAGCAGGAGCUCAUGCAGGGCACGUCCUGUCUGCUCGCUAGUUAGGCUCCGCCCCCCUGUUCAGUUCAUUUCUAAUUGUAGUGGAUUGAAAAAUGGAUUGUAAACUAAGGCAAAAAUAGCGAAACUGUGACCAUAGCAAAAGUAGUUAUUGCGAUUUGGCUAUUUUGGCCUGAGAUUUGUGAUUCCGUUUCUAAUUCACUACAAUUUGGUGUUUACUGAAUAUACUUCUAGUGAUGUCUUGAAGAAUGUUAUAUUUGACGAUUAUUUUGGAGUGACUUUAGCAAAGCGGUUAUGUUACAUAACUUUGCUGUGUGAUUAUAUAGAGCUCAUCUAGGGUAAAAAAAAUGUAUUCACUAUGUAGUUAUAUACUCUGUUCUCUCUUAAUUUUCUUUUUACAUUUUUUUUUUUUUUUUAAGUCUUGAAUCAUCCAGUACCAAUCUCUUUCUCAUUGCAUCCCAUCCCUGCAGAUGGUUAAACUCCAUUUACUAUUUAAUAUGUCUUCUCACAUUGUGGGAUUUGUUGCCUGAUGCCUACGUACAUACAGAUAUUUACUUGUAUACACACUUACAGGGCCAUAAACCAGUAGUUUUAGACCCCUAACACAUUAAGGUGGUCGUCUCAUUGACCCUUACCAUUGUAAUGAUAAAAGAAGCCUAACUAUGGGUUUUUCUGUUUUACUUGCUGUGCAGUUUAUUACGGCAAUUUUUUAUUUAUUUAUUGCAGUGGGAGCACUACAGAUGUCUUCUGCCUGAACACUGUGGGAAAAGUGGUUGACUAACAUAUGUAUUGUCAAUAUUAAUCAUCAUGUUUAAUGCAUGUUUCUUAUUGUCUCUGUGUGUGCGAGGGAUAAUGUCCAACAAUAUGUCUGUACAUUUUAUAACAGAAGCAUCCUGAUACUACCUGUCUGAUAUUGUACAUCACAUAUGGAAUUACACACACACACACACCCCACCCCCACCCGUACCUCUCGGUUCACGAAUUGAAUGCGUUCUCCGGGACGUUUAUUAUUUCAAAAAAUUUGUAAACCGAAAUGCGGUGUCCCAUAGGCAUACAUUGAAAACCAAUUAAUCCAUUCUGGAGGUCAGAAAAAAGUCAAAAUAGGCUGGCAUGUAAACCAACCCACAAUGCAGAAUACACAAUAAAAGGCCGCUCCAACACCUCCACACUCGACGCCACGUGCUACCCACAGGCUCCAGCAUGCAGGGGGCGGUGCUAUAAACUUCCUAGGUUCAAUGCAUCCUGGGAAAACUUGCUUUGUAUUGCGAAAAAAAAUUGUAAGCCAAGUCAUUAUUUUCAAUGGAUUUUCGUUUUUAAAACCGAAAAUUAUGUUAACCGAGGUGUUUGUAAACCAAGGUCCCACUGUAUAUAUGUGUGUGUGUGUGUGUGUGUGUGUGUGUGUAUGUGUAUGUGUAUAUAUAUAUAUGUAUAUAUAUAUAUAUAUAUAUAUAUAUAUAUAUAUAUAUAUAUAUAUAUAUAACAUCACUGCAAAUUUGUGAUUUCUGUGGGAAAAGAAAGUCUUAUGACUUGACUGGUGUGCAGAUUUUUGUUUAACAUUGUAUUAACUAUCCACAGAUGUCAGGUGGAAGGGGUUUUCAAUCACAAUUUUUCCCCACCAUGACUUUUUUGGUUUUAUAGUAUAGAUAGAUAUACAUAUAAAAAUAGAGUAUUCACAAACAGUCACACUGAUCCAGGGAUUAUUUCCUCAAUAUAUAUAUUUUUUUUUUCAUCAUACAGAAUGACAAGGUCAGGUUACAGCUACCUCCCUUUAUGCAUUUUGCUUUGCACAGAACACGUAUUUAUGGCUUAUGAGUAAAUGUUUUGUGCAACGCAAAAUGCGUAAAGGGAGUUGGCUGUAACGUAUCCUCUAGCUGGCAGGCAAUCAGAAUCAAAAACAUUGAAGGUUUAUCAAGGCAGAUGUGCUAUCCUGGGCGCUAAGUGCCAUUCUGUUGGUUUCCAUGGGAUCAUUUCUUACUUGGAUAUUUGUUCCAGAAAAGCACCUGGUUUUGUAUCACACAGCCAUGUUACAAUGCUGCUGCCCAACCCAUGUUGUCCCUCCGAAGGGUUAAUAAGUGUUUAGCGGUUUCGAAAAAUACUCCUUUCUGUCUCAUUAGAGAUUUGGCCUUUUGGCUCGAACAGCAAGGUGAACUGUUAGUGUUGGACUUACCUAAAAGGUUUGUCUUGAUGUGGCAGAUUAGCUUGCACUUUAAUGGCCAUUGGAGUGAUUCUAAACAGCCUCCAGUUAUUUAAAUGCGCAUGGGGAUUUUGGAUAGUGCGCAGUUACCAAUUUUUCUGUUUUUGUGCUAUUCUGGGUGUGAAGUACUAAAUUUGGGAGACAUUCUAAUGGUUUCCAUGGUGAUUAGUCCUUAUUUUGAUAAGUAGUCUAGUACCGGUAGACUACUGUGAUACACAAAGAGAACAUUGAUGCCUGACCCUGAUAGGUUGGCUCUCUGACCGAUGAGCAGCUAGAUUCUGUGGUCUUAAGUUGCUACAAUACGUGAGCUUUAAUACCAAACCCCUUGGUGAUGUAUAUUUGUCAGGCUUUCUGUGCUGAAUGAAGAGGUGCAGCCUAUGGAGAAUGACCACUACGGUUUGUCUGCUCAUAGACAGUGGCAACUGACCUCUCAUCCUCUUUACAGAGUUGUAAGUAGAAGAAGGGGCAAUGAUUAGUGUGUGAUGAUAAGACACAACGAUCAAGCAGUUCAUGAAAAGAAAAUUCUUUGAAGGAUCAUGAAUGUGCACUGAUGGUGCAGAGACAUCAUAUUAAUUAUUUGGAGAAAUAUAUAAACACAAAUAAAGAUGAGUUUGAGGAGUGACUUAACAUUGCAAGCAGAGAGGUGUUCAUGACUAGAUCUGUGUAUCUGCGACUAUAAUUGCUGUAUACCUGUACAUGUGUAAUGUGUGCGAAUGACACAGGGUAUGUGUACAACUGUGAGUGGCAGGGUGGUCUAUCUGGGUAUGUGGCAUAUGUAUCCUGAUGAACAAGAAUACUCAUUAUGGGGGCGAUGCUUGGCAGCCAAGCUGAGCGGACGCACUUCAGCCGAGCUAUGGACUAAAUAAUCUUAAAAACAAGCAAAACUACUACAAAAACUGCAUAUUCCAUGCUUUUCAACCCCAUACUGCCAUUUUUUUUGGGGGGGCGGUUAGGCUUUUGUCCCUAUCUAAUUACACAUGGUCACUGGUAGACAUAGUAUAAGCGAGGGGGCCACCGGGGGGAGUAAUCUCCACAGAGAUACCCACACCUGUCUGGGGAUUUACCUUACUGUUAAUUUCAGGCUAUCUAUCUAAUAACCUACCCCCUGAAGGGAAGCUUAGCAUAACAAGCAUAUUGAAGUGUCUCCCUACUCAGAUAUAUUCACUUACUCACCCAUUAAUUCACUAAGCGCCUGCUACACUUCUAUUAAAAUGGUCAAUAGAUAAGCCUACACGGUUUCUUACACACACUAGCUGACAUGCACCACACUACUGUUUACUCGUAUUAAAUCUAAAAAUGUGCACUGUUUCUUCAUGCCAAUUGUCUUUAUAUGUAUACGAAAACCCUGGCAUUAGCUGUUAUGGCAUUGCUAAAUGUAAACUGUAUAAUCCAUGCACGACAAAAUAAAGAAUUAAAAAAAAUACUCAUUAUGGGAAAGUAAAGGACAGAGAAAUGGAGAAAAGGAUCUAGUACCCCCUGUUAUUAAGAUACAACAAAUACAAGGAGCGCUAAAUUGUUACUGUUAUUAUUUUUAAGAUAACUGAAGGUAGCCUGUAGUAAUAUAGUAACUUGAUAAAAAUGAGAAAUCUAUUUACCUGUGAAAGACUUAAAGGACAACCAAAGGCAUCCAGACCACUACAGCUCAAUGAAGUAGUCUGGGUGCCAGGUCCCCCUAGUUUUAACCCUGAACCUGUAAACAAAGCAGUUUCAGAGAAACUGCUAUGUUUACACUGCAGGGUUAAUCCAGCCUUUAGUGGCUGUCUCCCUGACAGCCACUAGAGGCAGCUUCUGCGAUUUACACAGAGUAAAUCGCACUUAUUUGGUGCUGGACGUCUUUACGGAGUCCAGCAUCAAAAAAGAUCCCCAUAGGAAAGCAUGCACAUACGGCUUCACUUGGAAGCUGACGUCGAUGGAGGAGAGGUCACCAGUGCCAAGGGAGCCCGGCGCUGGAUUAAAGUAAACUAAUAAAUGGUUAAUUAGCCAUUUAUUCGCCAUGGAACGGGGCCUGUCACAGACUCCCGAACCAGACAUGCUGACCGAACACAGACACAGGAAGUCCUUAGAGUGGCCGGGCUGUGCACACAGAGAGAAGUCAGAAUAGAAGCCAAAGUCAGAGGGAACCAGAGAGACAGAAUAAUCGAUAAGACAAGCUGAGGUCAAGUAUCAGAGAAAGCAGGAUAAACGGUGAGACAAGCCAAGAUUUAUUAACCAGACAAUCAAUCAGAAUACAUGAUUGGCUAACUUUCGAUUGGAAUUAAUUAUGACACGUGGAAGGUAUUUGGGCCUUCCACUUUGACCUAUGACAUGAUAUUUGCACGCCGAGUCAUGUGACUUACUCUGGCUCCUAUUUACGUGUUGCUGGAUGAAUUGGAAAUCACUGCGAGCGGCGAGCAGGUAUGAGAAACCACCGCACGCGGUGGACAGCAAAGACAAGUCGUCGUGAACGGGGCGCGGGAGCCAGAAGAGGAGCGGAGAGGAGUCAGGUGGGGGUGCAGCGAGCAAAGCCGCCGCGUGUUCCUGAUAGUGCCCUAGUUACCUAAACGGUGACUAGGGCUCUAUAGUGUUAGGAAUACAUAUUUCUAUUCCUAACGCUAUAGCGUUCCUUUAAUAUUUUUUGAGGGUUUAUUCAUGAAAUGAUAAAUUGAAAACUAAAUUGCACACCUUAUGUAGCGGAGAGCUGGUAUUACACAGCCUAUCUCCACUUUAGAUCCCAGGGAGGUUCAGGAACAAGCAAUUAUAAAUCCAUAGGGUAAAGUAUCCAGCAGGCAAAAUAACACCGCAGGAUCCCAACAGCAAUCCCAAUAACUGGACGACACACAGUAUCAGGAGCAGAACUUAAGAUUUAUUCAGACAGUGGCCUUAUAAAGCCUGCUCCCAUUAAUUAAUUUGUACAGUAGCCAAUCCUGCUCUGGUAACCUCCCACACAUCAGCUCCCCUCAGCCUGCAUCGUAAUCCCCUUAUCCAGGACACCAGUUCCCCCCGUUUCUGGAUGUACCCCUAAACCUAGGGGUACCACUUUAAAUUAUACAUCCCCUGGUAGCCCUGAUCUGGGUGAACAACAUAUCCAAAAAUCACCCAGAUCAGACCAGGGGUUCGGGGAAUUUAUGGAGGGAAUAAAAUGACCAACCGCACUGGAAAGAACAGCCGAAUGGGGUUCCAUGCGAUGGGGCCCUGCGGUUGGUCCUGGAGUAAGGGAACAAACUGCAUGAAAGCCUCCAGCUACAGAGACUAGGGAGGGUUCGCCUGAAUCCCCAAGUUCGGUUGUUUCUAUCUACCAAACGAGGGGCCGUUCGGUAGUUUGGGACCGAACGGACCGGGCUUGUGGAGGUCUCAGUGGUGUUCGCCUAGUCGAGUGUCCAAUUUGAGUUCCAGACACUCGACGGCAAAACACUGCUGUUCGGGUGUUUUAAAAUGGCCGCCGCCAUGUGUUCAUUUCCCGAAUGGCGGCCACCCCUGAGAACAAAGGACUGCUACUCAGCUUGUCAACUACCCGUUCACAACAAUGUUGCAACGGGUAAUUGAAGGCACACUUCACACAGGGGAGGUCUGACUGUUCGGUAGUUUCAUUCGAACAAACUAAGGGAAGGAAACUACCGAACAAUCAAACGAAUACAAUACAUUAAACCAUAUAACUUUGCCAUUUACACGAAUGCAUUCAAAACAUAUGUAAUUCUCAGGACAGCCCAGUGCCAUCCGCUACACCUUAGAUCAGAAAAGUUGAGACAACUGCUCACUUUGGCUCCUUUUUGUAAGUAACCCUGGUCUCCAUUAAGGUUAACAGAUUCAUUAAACAGUUCAGUAAAAUAUGGGUAUCUGUAGAAUUCCUAGAUCCUGCAUAUCUUACUAGACAGACACCUCUCACUCUAAUAGGCUAUGUGGGAGAUGAAAACUUUGGGGAGGAGGGAGGGACUCUGCGUCUAAGAAGGCUGAAUGUGUUUGUUUGUAGCUCUCUAGGUCGUGGGCUAAAAUAAGCUUUUAAUGGUUGCAAAUUAUUUGCAAAUAGCUGCUUCAAAUUACUAGGAGAUGAUCAGAUCUACAUCUUUUUAAGCCCGCUUCAGGGUGAUCUGUGGAAUACAUCCUACAUCUAGGACUGAGGCUUACGGAGACAAGUGCGCCAACGUUUGAGACAUCAAGGGCGCAUCUUGAUGCGGAACACCCCCCACCCCUCCCAUUCUAAUUGGACCAGCAGAGGAUAUCCCGGUCGCCACUGGGUCACAAGAACUUUGUAAUGAGAAGCUCUGUGCCUAAAAUAACACAUGCUGCAUGGCAUGACCAAGAUUGUCGCCACUCUGGAAUCUCCUUAAUGCAGAAUGAGCCCAGAGAGCCAGCAAUGGAAAGAUGGCUUCAGCCUAAAAUUCGUAGCAAUGUGCCAAGAAUUCUGGAUCGCAUCAAUGGCAGACCUCCUUGGCUUACCUCUCAAGCUGCCCUAUUGUCCCAUGAUGUCAGCUGAGUCAUACAGUCCUCGGUGCCCUCUUGGAGUUCUAACUGUCCAUACACCCAUGGGAAAAUCCCAAACCACGGAGAACCUGUAGACCCUAGAUCCUGUCACCACUGAGGUUACACAGACCUGAUGCAUUGCGAUCUAAUACCCACUCGUCAGCAGAAAUAUUAUUUAUUUUUAUUUAUAAAAUAAUUUACCAGGAAGGAUACAUAGAAAUUUCUCUCAUUUUAAAGUAUGUCCUGGCCCUCCUGGUGUCUACAAGAGGGAACAACAAAUCUGGUGUUGAGCUGGACUUUCUACUAUGGCACAUGUGGUAUAGGAUGAUCACAAUUUGUGACUUUCGUAGUUAAGUCAGUUAUUCAUGUAGAGUUUGGUACUGUUGCUCUUUUUACCUUAUCUGUUAUUGCUAUCUAAUACCCAGUGACAGUCAGUAAGUUUAGUUUGACUUAUAUACUGUUACGACAUACCACUAGACUAACUUACUUGUUAUUUACUUAACUACUAUAUCUCUCAUGCUUUCUAAUUCUUACCAUGACUACACAUACACGUUGGCAUUUAACACAAUUCUAGACACGUAUGAUCAGCAUGUUUAUGUAGCAACACAAAAUUGUGUAAACGUUUCGUAUGCCAGAUAUCUGUUUACCUAUGUGUUUUAUCGCCCUUGCUAUAGCUAUUGUGGCAUUGCAAAUCUAUCAGUAUUUCUUCUACGCACAGCAAAAAUAACAAAACAAAAAGUUUAGUGUGUCAUCUUUGAAUCUUAAAUUGGUGUUGAGUAGGUUUGAUUUUGGAAUCUUAGUUACCGGAUUUAUGACUUUACACCAAUCACAUAGGCAUUCUUUUCUGGAAAACACUUUGUAGUAAACAUAUACAUACUUUUUUUUUUUUUUUUUAAUGUCAUUGUUUUUGUUCCCAGAGGCCCUUUUCACACACAAAAAAUUCAACCUAAAAAAAAAAUUGAAUCUGGUAACCUCAGCCAUGAAAGUUGUGCUUUCUAUCCAUAAGUAUAACGAUGACUAAUUACUUUUGCUUACAAAAGCAGAUAUUUUGCAAAAUGAGCAAGAUUUCGAGGCUGUCACUGGUGGGGGAGAAUAAACAGGCUUGUCAAAACAUGCUGUGCUGGCGAGGUACCAGCUCUGCUUCCCUGGGUAGUAGCAGUAAUUGGAUGUGUAUUAGCAGAUGGCUCUGUUUUCAUUCUACCUCUCUUGCUGUGGAUCUGCCGUAUUCACAAAGAUUUCCUGUCACUUAAUCUAGAGCUUGUGAAAUACCUAGCUGUCCAUGUUACAUUAAAUAGAACAGCAAAUUAAGUCUGAUAUAGUUUAAAACUAGGUCUUUUUAGGUUGUUCACUAAAGCAUUGGAAAAUCUACAACGGAAUUUAACAUUGUUGGUCAAAAAAGCUGAAGUUUAAACAUUUUCCAGCUCUGCUAUUUUGGCAUUAAAUGUACAAUUUCCUUGUUAGUUUCUCAUAAUUUAGUAAAUAAUCCAAUAGGCAUUAUUCCAGCUAAAGGACAAAAAUCCAGCCUUAAAAAGCAUUAUUACUAAAACAAGAACUCUUAAAAGAUAAAUUUAUCCUGUUUUCACCCAGGAAAUAAUGCUGUCAUCAAACUACAAGUCACAUGCACCUUUAUCAGCCCCAAGCCUUGUUGGCAAAGAUCUAGAUAGAACUAUAUGAAGUCAGGUGUUUGAUUACCACUGAUCCAUAAUGGGGUUUUUUUGUGUGUGUUUACCAAGUGUCUCUGCAGUCAUAUCUCCCUUUAGAUUGUAAGCUUGUAGGCAGGACUCGUAUAACACACAGUAUUCUUGUGCCAUGCUGAGUUUUAUAAUACUCUCACAUAAUGCAUUAACAUUGCAAAACCUGCUGCAUACACGUUAAUGGAUUGUGAAUACCUAAUGAAAAUAAGUUUUUGUUAAAUUUCAACCUGUUAAGACUUCUUUCUUCUGAACAUCCUGAAAAGAAUAAUGAAUAUUUAUGUAUUCUAAGAGGGGUUUCAUUUCCUGUUGUUAUACAUUGUAUGUUUAUGUUCUGCUAUUUGUUAUACAUUAUUUCUAUGUUUAAUUAUUUCAUGGUAUUCUUCUGUUGCAUUGUUUUCAACCAAUUGAGUCCAACUGACUCUCUGUUUUCAAAUGCACAUGCUUAUUAUAUACAUUUCACAAAUAACCAUGCUGUGCUUAUUAUACGCUUGAAGAAGAAAGUGAUGUUCAGGGAUUAUAUACAGCAGUAAGAUCCAUUAUACGUGUCUUCUGUGCAGAGGCUGCGGGGUGGAGCUUAAGUGCAAGGUUUUGGUUUUUUUUUUUGGUAAACAAAUUAUUUAUGUGUAUAUAUAUAUAUAUAUAUAAACACUGAACAAAAUAAUAAACACAACACAAUUGUUUUUGCUCCCAUUUUUCAUGAGCUGAACUCAAAGAUCUAAGACCUUUUCUAUGUACACAAAAGGCCUAUUUCUCCCAAAUGUUGUUCACAAAUCUGUUUAAAUCUGUGUUAGUGAGCACUUCUCCUUUGCCGAGAUAAUCCAUCCACCUCACAGGUGUGGCAUAUCAAGAUGCUGAUUAGACAGCAUGAUUAUUGCACAGGUGUGCCUUAGGCUGGCCACAAUAAAAGGACACUCUAAAAUGUGCAGUUUUACUGAAAAACAGUUAGUAUCUGGUGUGACCACCAUUUGCCUCACGCAGUGCAACACAUCUCCUUCGCAUAGAGUUGAUCAGGUUGUGGAUUGUGGCCUGUGAAAUUUUGGUCCACUUCAAUGCUUUGAGUUCAGCUCAUUAAAAAUUGGAGCAAAAACAAAAGUGUUGCGUUUAUAAAUUUGUUGAGUGUGUAUAUAUGUAAACGUUUUUUGAAUAUUGCAAUAUUAGAGGGAUUAUUGCAUGUUAGUGUAUCAGCAUUAGUAAUGGUGUAUGCAUAUAUUGCUUCAAAGAAGUCCUGUUUUAGAUUUCUUAACAAGCCAUCCUUUUUAAAUUCCAUUGAGACGAUUAUUCAGUCAGGGCUUUCAUCUAGUGUCCUCGCUAAAUACCAAGCAGAAUGUUUUUCUGUCUGGGCUGAGAUGUUCAGGGGGAGGGUGGAGGUUACCUUUAUUAUCUGGUCAAGGUGCUUCGACUGGUUUUUGUAAUACAUCUGAAGACGUUUCUUGAAUUGCUUCGGUAAUAAAGCGCAAGCAGCAAUUUUUCUGGUUCAUUGUCUGUUACAUCUUGUAUAAGAAGCUUACAAAUUGUUAUUAUGGCUAGGCCUUCAACUACCUUCAAAGAUGUUUUAUAGCACAUUACGGGUUUUUUUUGUAUCAUUUCCCCAUUGCCCUCUGCUUUUGUGUAAAUGUAGUAAAUUUACACUUUCAACCUGUUUAUGUUUUUUUUCUUUGACCUAACUACUGACCUUCUAGUCUCCCGGUGUCUGGGGAUUAACUAGGUUUCUGCAGUGAAGCUGAUAGGGCUAAAAUAUAUACAGAUCUGGGCACAAUUUUCUAUUACAUUUCUUUUGUAUGAAGUCCCACGGUGGGCAUUAAAAAAUUCUCAGGCAGCCUCUUAUAAGUAAUGCAUGUAAGAAUGUGAUAACAUUUAUGUGAGCUUGUCGGAUAGCUAGUCCAGCGUGGAGAAACAUCCAGUUAUUGAUUGUAAUAGCCGUUGAAAGGCAGCUGUUGGUGGAGUUAGUUUGUUAAAGACACUUCAUUCUCAUUGGAAUUUUGGUUUCUCUCCCGGUUCUACUGGUUUUGCCUACGAAUUCAAGGUCUGACAAUCCUGCUUUUCACAGGGCUUUUGAAUUGGUUAUUCAUGAUGAUUGUUUGACGGUUUUUAUUAGUUGUGUGAAGUUCAGUAAGGGUGUUAACUAAUAUCUGCUAAGAAGAUGUGUGAUUCUGCUGAAAAUGGGAGUUCCAAUUAUUUUACCAUUUUCAAUGGGGCCUGCCUCUUCAGGAUUUUCUAGUUUUGUCGAAUUUCUCUCACUGACGUCUCUGCUAUAUCUCAGGGAAGGUUUGCGGACAGACUUUCAUCUGAUAGGGACUUGGCUUGCUUUGUAGUGAUGGUUAAAUGGAGUGUAGAGGCCAUGCACAUUAUUAAGUAGUAUUUCUGAUAAUGUUCUUAUAAAAUUCAUGCCAUCUCAGAAUGAGAACUUUCAAACCAGAGCUUAGCACCAUUAGCAUUUUCAUAACAAAAUAGCAGCAUUAGAUUUUGGAGUUUUUCCUAAUACAAGAUGAGUAAAAAGGUGAAUAAUGCACCUGAAUCUAGAUUUUUACCUGUUUUCCUCCAUUUAGAAAUUCACAAAAUUUGCAAAACUAGCGCUGGCACUUUCCAUGUCUGAAGGAUGGUUCAUUCAGACGCUACCCUGUCACGCAGAGUACAUGAUUAGAUUGGUAUGGAUGUGAGACAGGGGGAAGGCCAGCACAGCAUGCACAUAAUACUGGCAGGCAGCUGCUAUGUCCAGCUCCACUUAAGGGAAAUAGGAUAGUAAGGCUCAUCGGAUUAUCAUUAUUAAUAAAAUGUGAAAAUACAUAAAUAUUGGUGAUGUCAACCUCCCAAAUUAUUAAAUAUGUCAUCAGUUGAAACAACAGCAGCAAAAUAGUUAUCCAUCAAUCUUCCUAUGAUCUGAAGAAAGAACAGAUGCAAUCACAAAGAAAAUAAUCAUGGUUAAAAGGUUAAAGUAAGCAAACCAUAUCAAACAGUUGCCUUGUCCUUCAGGAACAAAGGGGUCAUUUAAUUAAUUCAGUCUAAGAGUGUUGUGUCUGUGUUUUUCUCUUUUGUCAAUCUUUAUUUUAAUUGUGCACAUAGUAACAAGCAUGCCCCAAAAGCGAUUGCAAGGGUAAAAUCAUGGCACUUUUUUUUUUUUUUUAAGUAGCAACAAGUGAGAAGACAAGACUCAAUAGAGUAGUAAUUAACAUGCAAUCCUAGGCUAGGCCAUCAUGUCUAAGUUGUGUAUGUGCUUUAAAUGAACAUCCGAGUGAAAUUAUUCUGCCAGCUAAAAUUUGUCAAAUGUACCAAAAGAUUAAAAUCUGUAAUUUGUCAAGAUUUCGCAAGCAUAGGAAGUAUGCUUACUUUACUUUCCUAUGUUUUCAAAAGGAAAUAGCCCAAAAAAGAAAAACAGAUUGGGAAAGCGGAAGAGAAGAGGAAAUAAUUGGAGAAAGGUCAGAUUGGGGUGACAGUCACUUUUACAUACUAGCUUGUAGGAAGUAAAAUACUUUAUUGCCGAGAUGGGCAUAGACCCAGGGUUUAGUCAAAAACAGGUGGAUUUUGUGUAGAUGGUAAAAUGUUGGUGUUUCGCCAGAGGAUGAACAACUCAAAACAUUUUAUAUAUCUAUUCCAUUCAAAGGUUUUGAUCCAUUAUCACAAUUUGUGUGAGAAUAUGAAGCCGUAUAAUUAAAUAUAACAUGUCCUACAAAAUAGUUUUCAAUCUGGUGUCAUACUUGAAUAAAAUGUAAGAUCUGGCUUUGAUUCACAUUACACAUAUUUGUCAAAGUCUUUGGGGAAUUGUGGAUUUGCAGAGUGGUCUUGGACAACGUUGCACCUUAUGCUAUGAGUUUCAGGCUGUGUUUGAAUCUUGGGUCUUGUUGAUCAGAGCGUUGAUGUUCCUUUCAUUGUUUGUAAAGUGUUUAUAUAAACUGGGCAAUACCUGGCACCUAACUCCCUGCUUAUAUAACGCUUGGUAAACAGUAUUAUCACAAGACGGAUACAAUUAUUUCACCCUUGAAAGCUUAGAACUCACUGUCCCAUAGUGUGGAUUUGCUAAAAAUGCACUCUGCCCACUUCUCUGCAUGCUUCAUAAACUGAUUACUGACUCCAUUAAAGGAAAAAUGUCAUCAUUUUUCAUUAUUACUGAAUUAACCCCUUAAGGACGCAGCUUCAAAAACUGGACUAACCCUUAAGGACACAAGCAUUUUUUGCUGUUUGUGUUAAACCUCCGUUUGCAUUUUUCUUAUUGAUUGCACCAACACAUGUUAUAUAUAGUUUUUUAAAGGACAGAUCUGAUGUGACAUACACAUAUAUAAAUUCUUAUUUAUUAUAAAAAAAAAUCCCAAAAAAUGCAAAAACAGAAAAAAAUAUUUUUUUUCACAGCUUAGGCAAUAAUAAAGUGUGUAUAAUAAGUGCAGCUUAAGGAAAGUACCGUAUAUAAUUGAGUGCUGAAAACCCCCCACUCGUCUUAUACUUCAGUCAAUGUCUGUAUAUUGCCAUAAUACAGACCAGGACCGCCGGGCUCAUUACAAGCCCGGUGGUCCUGUUGGGGGCUGGCAGACAGCUGUAACUUACCUUUCCUGCAGCUCCUGUCAGCUCCUUUCUCUCUCGUCCGGUCAGCUCCCUUGUCAGCUCCCCUGCAAGUCUUGCUAGAGCUGCGGGGUCAGACCAUUGCCACGGGUUACCGUGGCAACGCUCCACGCGGCAGUCACACCGCGAGACUUGCAUUGGGAGCUGACCGGACCGGAGGAGAGAGAAGGGAGCUGACAAGAGCUGCAGGAAAGGUAAGUUACAGCUCCCUGCCAGCCCACCUCCUACACAGCCAAUGCCACUAGACCACCAGGGUGUAAGAGCCCCCCUCCAUGGGACGAAAAAAAUAUAAAUAAAAAUUUUAAUAAUACAACAUAAAAUAAAAAUAUUAAUAAUAUAAAAAAAUAAAUAUUAAAACAAUUAUUAAAAAAAUAAUAAAAAUGCCCACCCCAACACCAAGGUUCUGCAUCACAUACACACACUGCACUCAUACACACACACACACACACUGUAUUCACACACACACACACACACACUGCAUUCAUUAUAUACACACACUGUAAAUAAAUAUUCAAUUAAUAUAAUUUUUGGGGGAUCUAAUUUUAUUUAGAAAUUUACCAGUAGCUGCUGCAUUUUCCACCCUAGUCUUAUACUCAAGUCAAUAAGUUUUCCCAGUUUUUUGGUGUAAAAUUAGGGGUCUCGACUUAUAUUCGGGUCGACUUAUACUAGAGUAUAUACGGUAAUUAAAAAAAAUAUUCAAUUAUUUGUUCUGAUUUUCAGAGUACAUAAUAUGUCUAGGAUUUCAGCUUAUUUUAAAAGUCACAAAAUACAAGGAGUAAAAUAAAAUUUAAAUGUGGAGCUAUUUUAGAAUUUGGUAUGUUUGUCUUGUAAGCUUAAUAGCCAUCAGAGAAGGCAAAAUUUACGCACAAAAGUACGUAUUUAUAUAAAGCACACAUCACAGGCUAUUUACCAAAGGGUAUUCUGACACUUUUAACGUAGUCAUUUUGCCGCCAAUCUCUGCUAAAUAGUGUAGUAAAAUUGUGUUUAUUUCAGAUUUCUAACAUACACACAUAAAACAAGGAUUUUUAAUGUGUAUUUUAUAAAGCUGAUAUAUACUACUGCUGUAGAAAACCCCAUAUUGUUUUCAGCCAUAUCAACUGAGUAAAACGAUACCCCCAAUCUAUGCCUUUGCCACUAUCCUGUGAAGUUACAGUGCCAUAAAAGAGACCUGACCAUUUCAGUUUUCACAGUGAUAAUUUUGUUCGAUAAAUUUGAUGGGGGCAAGUCUCAUUUUGGGGCAUUGUAGAAGUUUAACUGUUGAAUUUAUCCCUCAAGGACCUACCAUUGGUGAAAGUAGACACUACAGUGUAUCUCAUAUGGUGUAAAUUGUACCUUAACAUGAUGCCAUUUUUUUCACCAGUUUAUGUCAAACUUUGUGGUAAAAUAAUUUUUUCUUGCAUUUAUUACAUACACGUUACUUUUUUGGGGUAAUUUUUCAAGUCUGGUAUGUGCCACUGUGAUCAAAACCCCAUAAUUAUGCUCAGCAAACUCUUCUGAAUAAAGCAAUACCCCCAAUGUAUGUCUUUGCCACUAUCCUGUGAAGCUACAGUGCCUUAAGAGUCCUGACCAUUAUAGUUUUUACAAUUAGAAUUUUGAUAAAUGGAUUUGAUGUGUCUAUAUCACAUUUUAGGGCAUUGUAGCAGUUUUACAGUUAAAAUGACCCCAUAAAUGCAUACCAUUUGUGAAAGUAGACACCACGGGCUAUGCCAUAUGGUAUAUUUUGAGCUUUAUUAUACAGUUAUGUUAGCACCAAUUUCUGUCAGAUUUUAUCAUAUUGUUUUAUUUUUGCAUUUUUAUACACACAUGUAUUUUAGUGGUUAAUUUUGGAAACUUGAUAUAUGCUACUGUAAAUUAAAUCACUAAAUUAUUCUCCGCUAUAUUUCCUGAGUACAAAAUGACCCCCUUUGUACACGUUAGCCAGGUUUUUGUGGAAAAAAAAUACAGGGCUAAAAUCAUACCCGGCCCAGUACAGUUUUUUUUAAAUGGCAAAUUGACAAUGGGUCAUUGUUUCAUUUUCGGGCAUUUUAGUCGAUUAUAUAUUUAAAUUACGCCACCAAUGCAUACCAUUUACAAAAGUGGACACCAUGGGGACUCUCACAUAAAAUAUUAUAAGCUUUAUUGAAGUGACAUUUUGUUAUCAUUUUGUUUCAAAGUUUGUGGUAUUCAUUUUUAUUUUAACAUUUUUACAUACACAGUAUUUUUUAUGCUUAUUUUUUAAAUCUUGUGUGUCCCAUUAUCUUAGCUAUACUCAGCAACAUCUUCUCAGUACAAAUAUACCCCAUAUGUAUAUCUUUGGAAAGUAGCGAUCUUAAUCUUAAUCCCAAUCUAAAUCCGUAAUCCUAAACCAAGCCCUAAUUCUAAACCAAAUCCUAAUCCCAAAUCUAACCCUCAAUCUAAUAAUAAACCCUUACCACAAUCCCAACCCAUAACAUAAUCCCAUGUGUAACCCUAAUUAUAACCUUAAUCCUAAUCUCAAUCCUACCUUUAGCAAUAGUGUUAAAAUGAUUCCCCCCUGCUGGUGUCAGCAGAGGAAUUCCCUUGCUAUUUCCAGCAAGGGAUGCCCGUGCUGACCCUAAUCUGAACCAUAAUCUUAAUCUUAAUCUGAAACAUAAUUCCAAUACUACAAUUAAUUAUAAACCUAAUCUUAAACAUAAAUUUAAUAAUAAACCCAAUAAUAAACCUGAUAAUAAAUCUAGUACUUAUUCUAAACCGAAUAAUAAUCCUUAAUUUAAUUUAAUCUUAAUCCCAAAGGUUUCCCUCUACUAAUAUCAAUACCGAUAUUAGUAAAGGGAUUUUAAACUAGGGGAGCAGGUAUCUAAUGAUACCAGGGUUUCCUAGUGUGCUUUCAAUUCUGUAAACUGUAUGUUUGGAAUAUGUAGCCACCCAGGUCUGUGAAGCACUAUUGGAAUAUCCCUCUGUUUAGUGUGGGUACAGCCCCAUUUGGUGGAAACUGUAGUCAAAGCAUCAGAUUGGCAGAGCACUGCAAUUUUGUGCAUGCACCGCAGCUCUCCACUGCUUCUCUGGACAGAAGUGUAUUGGACCAUGAUCAUCAGGAUUGAUGAUCUCAGAAGAUUUGGAGCAGCUUCUGUAGGGAGAGUGUAAUGGAUUGGUCUUUGUUUUUUCUUUUGUUUUGUUUGUUUUACUAAAAUGAGAGAGAGGGAGUUAAAUCUAAAACAGUAAAGGAACACUUCUAACUUCAAAAUUAAUAUAUUCAUUUUUAAAAUGAAUGCCCCGUUCAAAUAACUUCCCCAGUAGAGAGAAGAUAAAUAAUAUAUAAAUAUAUAUAUAUUUACUCAUGUGUAUUACAUACUACAUGUUUUAAUUUCAGUAAUAAUUAAAAAAUAAAACCAUGGCCAUUUUCUUUUAAUAGUUUGAGGUUUGCGUAAUGACUUCCCAUUAUGGAGCUUCAUGUCAGUUUUGCAAAUUUCCUCCAGUUAGAACCCAUGCUGUGCAUUAUGUAUGGAUUGGGUAUUAGACUAGAGGCUAUUUUCGACAAUCCUAAACACUGAAAUUUUGGAUAUUCAGGUAUGUCAUAGUAAAUAACAAACAACUGCCCAUGGCUGCACUGUGGUUUUGUUUUUAAGCUGUUAUUUUUGUUUUUCUUUUCUUCCAAUGCAUUAUUAUGUAUAAUUUAUAUAUACGUUUAAGAUAUAUUCUAGAACAUCAGACCAGGCAUGUUCCAUUAACGCUGUGCCAGAGAACAUAUGCAGUGUGGAUUAUAGACCAUGCUUUACAAAACAGACUUUUUUACUUGAUCUAUUUAAUUAUUUUUCUAAAAUGCAUUCUGUUUCUAUCCACAGAGACAUCAUGAUUACACAUUUUGACCCCAAUAUCAACUAUGAUGGGUUGUGCAAUGAGGUACGGGACAUGUGUUCAAUCGAGAAUGAGCAACUCUUUACCAUGAAGUGGAUUGACGAAGAAGGUAAUUUCUCACACAGAGUAUACAACAAGUAGCUAUGUAUCUAUACACGGCCAUUUUUUGAGAGAUGAUUGGAGGGAAGCAUCAGUUUAGAAUGGACCCAUUCCUUAUUAAUCAUUAUAUUGAAAAUACACUUAAAAUAUGCAAAACAGAAAAUUUUAAUUUAUAAAAGUUAUACAAAGCUGAGCAUGCAAAAAAUGCAGUAUUUAAAUUUUUUUAGAUGAAAUGUUGUUAUAAAAUGGUUCAGAGUUGUACUUGUGCCUUUUGGUGUCCACCUGUGUUUAAUACAUAGAAAAUGAAAUUAAAUUUACAAAGUAAUUAUUAAAAUAAUAAUGUUGGAUAAAUAAAAAUGGUACAAUUUAAAGAAUUAAAAUGUCACUUUAUUGUGUUAUCUCGACGCCGUGUGUGUGUAUAUGUAUAUGUGUGUGUAUAUAUAUAGAGAUGGUUGCACUCCGGUCUUAUAAAAUCCAAUACUUUAUUUGAAAUAGAUUAAUACUUCCCUUUCCCCCUCCUUUCAGUCAUUUCAGUCUGUGCUAAUCUAUGCCAAUCAACACAGAGAAAAGAAGGCUGGGCUUUGUGUGUCCUCUGGGCGUCUCUCCUGUUUGAAUUUAGUCUAAGUAAAAGCAGUGUGCAAUGGGAAGUAGGGAGGAGGGGCAAGCCAAAUUACAUUUUGGGGAAUUUGUAACCUGUUGAAAUGUAAAAUUUUUUGAGUACUCCUGGACACUGACAUUUGCCUCCAGGAUGAUAUUUGCUGCAAGUUGUGGAAAGGUCUUGAUGCUGACUAAUAUGUACCAGGGAAUUUUUUGUUUUCUUCUUGAAGGAGGCUGGAGAAGAGUCCAACAUAUAACAACAUACCCCAAACAUCGGCAUCCUGUAAAUAGGGACACUAGUGGGUGGGGUAACCGGAACCAGAGCAGGGAUGUGACUCAUGCCACUGGCACCACUUAAAAGUGGUGGAAUGGGGGUGGGUCUGCUUGAAGAACAGGAAGCAUGGUUUCAGCAAAGCAGCUUAUAUUUUGGGGAGAGUACCCUUGUCUUCCCAAAAGCGGGACACCCGUAAACAAACCUGAGGCAGCAAGAUAAGACCCUAAAAUCUGGACCAACCCACUGAACUCCGGACAAUUGGGAGGCCUGUAACAAUAAAUGACAGGAGCUAAGAUGGCUCUAUUCAGUUAUAGCAUUGCUAAAUACAGUGAUUUCAUUUACUACACAUUACUUUUAGGCCUAAAAAGACACAUUUGUUGACUAUAGAAAAAAAGUAAACAUCAUUUUAGAAAUAGAAUAGUUCCACUUUAAACCAUUGUGUUACUAGGCUCUAGUUUGUCAAACUUUUCUUUGAAAUCAGAUUUUGCAAUCUACAUUAAAAGGUUCUUAUCAAAUUGUACCGAUUUCAGUAUGUCGAUUAUAAUGCUUGGUAAACAUAGCUCAGUGCUGUGUGCCUUGAACUUGCAAUCACAGAGUGUACUAGCCGUCUGCUUUUAACACAAACACAUUUGUGCCAUGGGCAUGCUUAUAAAGCUUUUGUCGGCUCUCUGUGAUUGUCUCUUAAACAUCUGUUUGCUUUUACUGUAUGAAUAAUCAGUGCAUGCUCACAUAGGUGGGGUGGGAGGGCAGUUAUUGAAGCACUGGAAAGAAAAAUAGAGUUUUCAAUGUGGUGAAUUACAAGUAACUUUAAAAAAAGUUAGCUAAAUGGAAAUGUAUGUAGGUAUAAAUCAGGGAUAGUCAACAGUGGUUAAAGUCUAGCUGCAUCAAUGGGUUUGUAUGACAAAUCUAGCUUUGUACCUUUACCCUUCCUCUGCUCAUCGUACAGUGGUUAUGCACUUAGAAAAGAACAUGGCAAGACAUUUAAUGAAACGUUACUAUUUAAAAGGAUACUAUAGGCACUAAAAUGGCUUUGUUUUCAUCAGAUGUUAACUGGCUUUAGAAAUGUUUAUCUUCUGUCUGUAAAUUGAACCUUACUCACACACAGGCGGCUCAUGCAGGUAAUAGAAGGCUAUUAACAGAGCAGGAGAUAAGAAAUUCUAAAUUAAACCGACUGUGUUAAUAAAGGAAGUUUAAACAUUCGAUCUCUCUUUACAGAAAGUGCUAAGGAAGGUUGCACAAAUCACAAGGAGGGUGGUGUGACUGGUUAAACAAAGUAAUUUGACUACUAAAUGUCAGAGAAUUGAACAGCGAAACUGCAGGGGCAUGAUCUAUACACCAAAACUGCUUCAUUGAGCUAAAGUUGUUUUGGUGCCUAUAGUGUCCCUUUAAGUUUACUAAUGGGGCUUUAUGUUCAUCAAAGUGUUAAACCCAUUAGUUUCCCACAGUAUGUAUGAUGAGGCUUAUAAAUAAUCCUUUGCAUAUCAUAUUUCCAAAGGAAUUAUGCAGCGUCUCUUACAUAUUUGUUUAGUUUCUCCGUGGUCAGUUUCUAAUUUCAUGUUCCUGGUUCACAAGUAUAACAAAACAAUUUGCUUGUUGUUGAAGAAAAUAAAAUAUUCUCUCUAGAAUGUAAGCUCAUUGAGCAGGGCCCUCCACUUCUCUGUUUCUGUAUGUCCAGGUGUCUGGUUAUAAUUACAUGUCUGUUAGUCCACCCAUUGUACAGCGCUACGGAAUCUGAUUUUGCUAUAUAAAUAAUAAAAUAAUAAUAAAGUAGGCAGUUAGUUUUUUUGGGUUUUUUUGAGUGCUUGUCUUGGAGUUUAGGGGUUUCAACAAAAUGUAUUUAAACAAAAAAAAAAGGGGUGGGGGGAUACAUGCAAUAAACAUCUCCUACAUCUCCUUUAAUGCUCUUACAGCUAUAAUGCUGGCAAAGCAUUGUGGGAGAUUUAGUCCAAAACAUCUGGAGUGCCAAAGGCUGCCUACUUGGUGGACACUAAUGUGAAAUCAAAUCCAACUGCAGCUAGAAGGCUAAGGUUGGACAUAAGGUAUUGGGCUGAAAAUGUAUCAAACUAUUGAUAGUGGUCUACUGGAUAUCUAUGUCAGUAGGGUUUAGUCAAUAAACACGUUACAGACAAAGUGCUAUUGGGUGUUCCAGGAGGGGUAAGCUAAAUGGCAAAUGAUUUAGGUAAACUAGAAAAAUGGCAACUGACAUUUAAUGUGGAUAAGUGCAAGAUAAUACAUCUUGGACGUAAAAACCCAAGGGCAGAGUAUAGAAUAUUUGAUAGAGUCCUAACCUCAACAUCUGAGGAAAGGGAUUUAGGGGUGAUUAUUUCUCAUGAAUUAAAGGUAGGCAGACAAUGUAAUAGAGCAGCAGGAAAUGCUAGCAGAAUGCUUGGUUGUAUAGAGAGAGGUAUUAGCAGUAGAAAGAGGGAAGUGCUCAUGCCAUUGUACAGAACACUGGUGAGACCUCACUUGGAGUAUUGUAUCUUUAGAAGGAUAUUGAUGCUUUAGAGAGAGUUCAGAGAAGGGCUACUAAACUGGUUCAUGGAUUGCAGGAAAAAACAAGGAAAGGUUAAAGGAACUUAACAUGUAUAGCCUGGAGGAAAGACGAGACAGGGGGGAUGUGAUAGAAACAUUAAAAGUGAUUCUCCAGUUCCAGGAAAACAUAUUCAUUUUCCUGGCACUGCAGUACCCUACAGUGCCCCUCUUCCUCCCAUCUCAAGUUGCUGAAGGGGUUAAAACCCCUUCACUGGGGGGCGGAGCCAGCAGCGCAACGGAGCGGUCGCAUCUCUGUGAGCUCCGACUCAAACUUACCUUAAAAGAACCCUAUAUGGUGGAAUCCGAACGCAAAACUACCUAUAAACCCGACUACUGACGAAAGUUAGAACAUGGGCAGAAAAUCCACGAAAAGCAAAGGCUGACAAAAGCCCUCCUCGAAGGAAUAUCGGCGAAAUGCUUCGGAACACACAAAAGGCUGCAUGGUCCAAGAUGGCGCUGGAGGACGAUCUCGCCUCGUACUCCUCGGAGGACUUUGACACAGACCUUAUGGAGGGAGCGUCCUUCGGGCCUACACAACAUAGCACGGUGCCCAAAACAUCCGGAGACCCGGUCACUGUAAGCCAACUUAAGGAAAUGCUGGCUGACUUACGCAAAGACUUGGCUGCAGACAUAGCCUACUAUAAAGUGGCCAUAGAAGGGGCCAAGUCAAAAAUCACUCAGCUGGAGGCCUGCACGAGCACCCAGGACUCCAGGUUAACUACGGUAGAACAACAAGUAGCCGAUCUAGCAAAACAGCAGCAUGCCACAGCAAACAGCCUGGAUGCACUGGAAGACCAAAGGAGGCGUCACAAUCUAAAAAUCCGAGGGAUACCUGACUCAGUGGGCCUCCCGAUCUACCCCACUACAUCAGGCGCCUCCUGGGUGCCCUGCUCCCACUAAAACAGGCGAAGUCCCUGAGGCUCGACGGGAUGUUCCGACUACCAAAGCCGACCCGAGCUCCAGCAACCGCAUCCGCGGACCUCAUUUUAAGACUUCAGAGCCUAUCGGACAAAGCGGCACUCCUAACUGCGCUAAGGGGUAAAACUCCCUUGUCGUUUGAGGACACCACUCUACACUUACCUGGCGGAAAUCACUGCAGCCGCUACUACAACACCUCCGCGCCAGGGGGCUGCCCUACCGAUGGGGAACCCCGCGAGCUGUAUCGUUCACGUAUAACGGGACCUCACAAAAAGCGCAGAGCUAGCAAGAAUUGGAAUCACUCCUGACAUCUGCGGGCAUUCUCCAAGCUGCACUCACAAAAAGAUCUGGACUGUCCAGGAUAAACCCAUGUACCAUACAGGAGUUCACCCCGAUGGAACCUCUGGGACCAUCAACUGCCAGUCCACCGACUUGAGGCACUCGGGACCACAUACCCCAAGGGGACAUCUCUAACCCACCACCCAGGAUAAACAUGUUUUAUACAGUUUGAGACUCCUGCAAACUACUGUUGUGUUUUGUUAUUUUGUUUUUGCUGAUCGUUCCUGACACUUACCUGAUGUUAGCUUUAAUAUUGCUCCUGCAAAUCCUUCACUACACGGACAUAAAAUUGCUCCGUCUUACUUUUUGCAAAACCCAUAUGCAGAUAGUGGGACUCGUGACACAUAGAUGGACAACCAAACAGACAGACACGACAAGCUCCCACAUGUGGUAGCCCUUAUUGAAGCGACCACAGCCGAGCUCUUAUCGCUAUUGUCCAACCAUAUCAACACCCCCCUCCUGACGAUUCCUAGACAAACUCUUUAAAAAGCAUAAGCGCAAAGUGGCAAGGCAGGGGUAGAUCCCCUAUGUGAAUGAAACACACUUAACACACUACCCUGACAGCACACUCAAAUAGGCUACUACAGACGAGCAUCAAGUAUGUUUAUAAUAAUGUAACCUUAAUCAAAAAUGUAAAAUGUUUAUAUGUGCCCAUUACUUUUUAAAAUGUUGUUAUUAUCGCUGGCAAAGCUGUUGUGGCGUUGCCUACUACCAUGUUUCACAUGAGCACAAUAAAAUAAAGAAUAUUAAAAAAAAAAACUAAAAAAUAAACCUUCAAUGACUUACUUUAGUCCAGCGUCAAUGUCCCUGGGCGCAGAGUCAGGCUCCGCCUACUCUCCUAAUGCGAUUGCCGCGCUCGCUCGUUAGACCUCCCCAUAGGAAAACAUUAUUCAGUGCUUUCCUAUGGGGAUUUUGGUGCCGCUGGAGAACCUGGAAGUCCCUCUAGUGGCUAUCUAAUAGACAACCACUAGAGGAAGACUUAACCCUGCAAGCUAAUUAUUGCAGUUUAUAAAAAGUGGAUGCAUGGAAUAGCCUUCAAGCUGAAGUGUUAGAGGUUAACACAGUGAAGGGGUUUAAGCAUGGGAUAGGCAUAAGGCUAUCUUAGCUAUAAGAUAAGGCCAGGGACUAAUAAAAGUAUUUAGAAAAUUGGGCUGAAUGGUUCUUAUCUGCUGUCACAUUCGAUGUUUCUAUGGGUGCUUCUCUAGUGUGUGUAUAUAUAUAUAUCUCCAAGUAGCAAUACCACUACAGCAUGCUAUAGUAGUUAUGGUGCCAGGAGUGCCCUGCACCCCUCAGCCUUCUAUUGUAAGUAGUUAAACUAUUUUAGGAUGGUUGAAGUUAGAAGCCAUACCCAAAAUAUCAGGAGCAUAUACAGAAAAUAGCAUAAAAUGUUUGGGGCGCAUACAAUUAUUGACUGUUCGUUCUUGUGACUCAUCUAGUUGGAAACUCUGUGUCUAUAACUACUUUCAAUAAAAGCAGUGCUAGUUUGUGGCCCAGCAUAUAUUCUUUCACCUGACCUCCUCCUACUAAUUAUGGAAGUCAAAAAAGCGAUUAAGCCUUUCUGAACUUUUCAGGAAGUGGGGUUUGUGUUAAUGGCACCCAAACUUGGACACUGGGCAAACAUUUGAGUUAGUCGAUUUUAGUGAUACCAACUGUUUCAGAUUGAGAAUGAGUCUCUUUUAAAAAAGAAACAAAACUAAAACAACAAAAAAAAACGUUUUCUCUUGUAAUUUCUCUAAAUGAUGGUGUUCUAUUACUCUUAACAGAAUUAAUGGAUGAAGAUCUGUAAACCCCAGUGAAUGAUGGGAUUUUAAUCCAUGUACUAGUGUAAAAAAAUCAGUCAUUUUAAGCAGCACCCGCAGAUAACACAACACCUUCUUUUACUUGCAUAACUUAUUGAGCAAACAGGACCUCUGUACAAGUCUCCCUACACAUGAUGUCUAAUACUUUUCAUCAAUUUCAAAACCUUUUAAAGGAAUCCCUUUCGUACCAGGGCUGAAUCUGGAAGUGCAAGAUCUCACAUUCCUACACCCAUAGAUUAAAUAAUAAUCCUAAAUUCAUUUUUAGAUCAUUAUUCAUGUUUAACACCGCCUUAAAUUUAAAAAGCUAAUCUUAAAAGCUUAGCGAAUGGAACAAAUCGUGGUUCAUUGACUGAUAACACGGGGGUCUAUUCUCUGAAAUCUGAAUUCUAGCCAGCUGAAAUCUGAAUGACAAAGUUUAGGCUAACCUAGCCAAUAGUGCUAUUUUAGCUUAUUUUUUGCCAUUUUAUUUUCAGUUUGCUACAAUUCAGUGUAUAGUGAAUAAAAUAAUGUAAAUGGCAUAGAGGAGGAGAAUAGAACAGAUAAAGAAAAGCUGGACACCUUUUGUAUUUAACUUUUUGAUACACCAACAAGAGGAAACAAAAUAUAUCCAGCAUUUCUUUGUUUGUAUUAUGGGUGCAGCACCUCUGUCCCCUUACCUUAACCCUGCAAUGUUAAUUAUUGCAGUUUCUAAUAAACUGCAAUAACUACAUUGAAUGGUUAAGAAUGCCUCUAGUGGCUGUAAAUCAGACAGCCACUAGAAGCACUUCCUGCUUGCUAACCGACUUUUGGUCACCUAACUGACUCUGGACGUCAUCACGUCUCAUGAGGACAUCCAGCAUCAGUAAAAUCCCCAUAGGAAAACAUUGCGGCAAUGUUUUUCUUUGGGGAAGUCCUCGCCGUGCACGCGCUUUAGCCAACUUUGUAUCACUAUAGUAUGCCUUUAAAAUCACCAAUAACGUUUGCUUUUUAUUUUUUUAUUUUUACAUACCUUAUAUGAAGCUUCGUAGAGUUUUCGAACAUACUCCCCUUGUUCCCAACAGUUCCAGGGCUGCCACCUUCUUUAGCAUGAAGCCUUUUAUUUGUCUUCGCAAACAUAAAUCUAGAACUUUGCUAUAUUCUUAGAGGUAGAUAUGUCUUUAGUGGUGGUUGGAUUUAUAAAAGAGAAGAAUACAGCAAAAUAUAGUGUAGUAUAUUCCAUACUGGUGAAUAAAUUAAAAAAGGAAAUGCACUUACAAUGUGUAGAGCUUGAGUAGAUUUACUUUAAUUUGCCUGGGCUGUAUGAUCCCCACCUAAGAAGGGCAUUUAUCUCUGAUAAAGGGGCAGUGGUCCCGAAACGUCUGUACUUUGGAUGCUCUUUGAAUACAUUUGGGCUGCACUAGUGGUCCCCUAUAACUAAGCUGUGUUUUGUAGAUGAAUACUUUGGACUGAUCCCCACCUUAGGAUGACUGGAUUCUUCUUUUAGUAAAGUGGUAAGUGUGUAAGACCUUCAGCCAGGCAGAGUAGCUCAGGAUAAUAUAUACCCCAUCAAAGAAACUUGUAGGUUUGUAGGCAGUAAUUAUGCAAAAAAUUUAUUGUGCUCACUGCUGGUAUUAUAUUAUGAUACAAUAGGUACUUACCAGUAAGGAGCAAAAAUAGGACUCAGGUGGUAUGUUCCCCACCAAAAGAAUGUGUGUCCAAGCUCCAACAGAUAAAUCAGGAUAAGUCAAAGUGUAUAUUAAAAUUAAGUAUUUUUAUCUAACAAAUUAGUAUGUAAGAGAAAAUAAAAUAGUAAAAGCAAUACAAAUAAUUUAAAAAAACACUUAACGUGCUUCAACUACACAGAUGCUUUUUUAUGAGAUGUAUGAGAAAUUAUCUUUCUCAUACAUCAAAGUACCACUAAGGACAUAUCUACCUCUUAGGCGCUACCCCCUCCUCAAGGCGCUACUCCCUCCUUCUAUUAUGACAUCUUCUAUACGACCCGAACAGAGAGACUCUGGUUUGGGUGUUUGAGCUGUGGAAUCCCAUCAACUAUAUGCGCUAGAAACCUAUUCCUUAAGUAUUAUAAAUUUAGAAUUGUAUGGCACAAUGUAGAUAGAUGUGUUCUUCGAGAAUUCAGUAGUUAAAAACCUUGGUAUAUUGGAUUGUUAAAUAAGGAUUUGCUUCAUUGCCUAGGCAUUUUGAGUUUGAAUAGCAUUUUACAUAGAAACCCUUUGGAAGAAAAAUCUUUUAUUAGAACCUGAUGUCACAAGCUCAUGGAAUGAAGCCAGUAUAAAGCGCUAUUUCUGUGCCCUGUACGCUGAAGUGCCCUCUCUUUGCAUUCACUAUGAUAGGAACUCAAAGUGAACCUUAUCUAUGCACACAGCAUAGAAAAUGUUUCAAAUAGGUUUUAUGUAAUCAAUAAUGUAACUUUUUUUUUCUGAUGAGUGAUAAAUGCCUUUUAAAUUCCAUCAGACCCAGAAUGAUUUUUAUAUUUAUAUAUAUAUAUCCAAAAUUACAAGAUCAUGACUUUCAUCAGGAUGCAUCAGUAACCUGAUGAAAGUAUGUGAAACAGGCUGAAGCGUUGAAUUUUAUUUUGAGCUAAUCAAAGCUAAGUUUUAUUCAUUCGACUUGGAAGUCCCUGGAGUGCUAUCUUGUACUUUUGGCUGUAUCUGUUUGCUGAUGAGCACCGGGCAAGUACAUCAAGGAAGGUGGAGUGCAUUACUAUUUUUGAUAUAUAUAUAUAUUUUUCAUCUGUGUCUUGUAAGUAUUUUAUUUAUUUUUUUUUUUUUUAGGGCAAGCUAACUUCACUGUUUUUUUCCAUAAAGAAAAAUGUUUUAUGUUUAAAUGACCAAUAUACAAGGCUUCACCCAUUUGUUUGAUUGGGAGACCCAUGUUGGCAAAACAGUCUCUGUCACUUCUUGGUUGCUGUAGCUUUUUAGGAACCAAUGCAUUAAAUAGGGAUAGCAUGUAUUCAGAAGAUGAUAUCACACCUAUUUCUACACAAUCUUUAGACAAUGGCUUAAAAGCAAAGUUUGUACUGAUUGUGUAUUAAAUGGGAUGCAUUUUGUAUUUGAAACCUUUGAUUUGCUUGUGUUCUUAAUUCACAUGUAGACAUUCACCAGUACAGGAAAUAGAAUGUUGGGUACAGUUUCUCUCACUAGCAAAGACAAAAAGGAUUGGGGGCACACCUAGAACAUGUAUUUUGCAGGAAUGGUGCUGCCAUAGUGACUAAAAUGCAUACAGAAUACAGAUGAGUUCUCACUAGGCAGAUACUUACAACAAUGUAUUUAAACUCGAGUCAUUUAAUUAAACAAAAAAUAGUAUUUCCCUAUCACAGUUGUUGGGAAAUAAUUAUGAAAUCAUUUCUUUGAAGAAAGAGUCCAAGUACCAUAACCACUACAGUGCACUGUAGUGGCUAUGGUGCCAUGGGUACCCAGGCCUUCCCCCCCAUCGUAAGUAGUCAAACGUCUUUUGGCACUCCCUGCCUACUCUUAUGCAGCAAGAGCGUCAGGCAUUUCUUUUUUUGUCUGCCAUUGGCUGAGGGCAAUCAGCCAAUGAGCUAUCCCUUCACUGCAAAAUAGAACCUCCCAGCUCUCUGCCUGAUGUAGUGGAGGUGCCUGGAAGGCUGCAGGAAAUAAGUCAAACUGUUCUAAAGUAGUUUAACUACUUGUGGUGGGAAAUCCUUGCACUAUCGCCACUACAAUAACCUAUAGUGGUUAUGGUGCCUGGAAUGUUCCUGUAGCAGAUGCUACCUAACCAACUUUAUAAUUUCCAGAGUUUAUAAUUAUUUCUGUAUGUAUGUUCUGUUAACAGGAGAUCCAUGCACUGUCUCCUCCCAACUGGAGCUGGAUGAAGCUUUCAGAUUGUAUGAACUCAAUAAGGAUUCUGAAUUGCUGAUCCACGGUAAGCAGAAUAGAUAUAUAGAUUCAUAGUGUCAAUAAGGACUUGUUUGUUUAUGCUGAAAUACUGCUUUUAAAUAAAGCUGCCCCAUAAUCCAGGCUGUUGCAUUUACACCCUAGAUGGAUUUAUAGCAGCUCAUUCCUCAAUGCCACCUGUACUUGGCUAGAUUAGGACAGCAAAAACCUUAUCACUGAUUUUAUAUAUAUAUAUAUGUUUUUAUAUGCAUGAAACCUUGACCUCUUUACACCUCCGUAAACCUCCUGAUAUUUCAAGGGUUUAUUGUCAUCAUGUAAAUCCUGUUAGAUUGCCAAACCAAGAAAUAAUACAAAUCAACACGUUUCUAUUAAAGCUGUUUAACUAACAUGUACCCCUGUUAUGACAAUGUAUUUUUUCCAUAUUAUACACGUCAGUAUUAGAUGUAGGCAUGAUACAAAGUAUAUUAUCAAUAGCAAAAUGUAUAUGUAGCACAUAAAUGUUAACUUGUAAGUGUGUAGAUGAAUUAUGAGUGAUCUAUACUAUUUGGCAUCUGUAUAAAUCUUAUACAGCAGGGGUGCCUAAAAGAUACAUCUCCAAAUGUUGUAGAACUAUAACUCCCAUGAUGCUUUUAGUAUGACAAAGCAUCCUGGAAGCUGUAGUUUUAAAACAUCUGGGGAUCUACCUUUUGGGCAUGCCUGAUAUACAGCAUAGAUGUAUUGCUCUAGUUAAUAAGAUAUCUGCUUUGAAUUACAAUGUAUUGUUUCAAUAACACCCCAACGGCCUUUAUUUGCAGUGUUUCCAUGUACACCAGACAGGCCUGGGAUGCCUUGCCCCGGAGAGGACAGUAAGUACCUUGCUUUGCCUCCUAAGAUUUCUAGUUCUAGAGAAAGCAGGAAAUAGUACUAAAAAUAAAUGGGGGGAAAAAAAUCACGUUUUCUAGAUGCAAUUUCUGUGAUCCCUAAAGCAGCUCUGUCAUUCCUUCCCUGACCCCAUGGGCAUUUCAAAAAGAUAAAAUGUAAAAAUUAAAAGAACAAUCCAAGUUCGAUUUACACACACAAUUCCUUUUUUUUUUUUUUUUAUUCUUUAUUUUUUUGUGUGCAUUCAAUAAACAAGCUGGCUUGCACUGCCACAACAGCUGGUGCAACCUGGGCAUUAAGCAUAAUAUAACAUCGAUGUGGACAUUUAGGUAAGUACAGUGCACAUUUUAUGAAUAUAAGUAUGCUAGGUGAGUCUAGGGUCUCUGAUCUAGAAAGUAAAAUAAAUGGGAGGGGGGUCUCUCUCUCGGUACAUGUAAAAGAAUACCGUACACCUGCUCAACAAAGGAGUGGCACACUUUGCAGUCCUAAUGGCUGUGCAUAUGCUGGAGAGGGAAGGGGGUGAGUCUCUAUCAGCCUGCGUGAGAUGGGCUAAUCUGAUUUAAAAAAAAAUAAUUAUUUCAAAUUUAAAGCCAAAAAAAAUAUCACUAGGAGCAUAGCUGACAGAUAAUUCUUUCAGUUCAGCUGUUUUGGAUUUGAAUUUAAAUUUCACUUUGAAAUCCAAACAAACGUUUGUGAAUAUCUGCUUUUAAAUAAAGCUGCCCCUUAAUCCAGGCUGUUGCACCCACACCCUAGACAGAUUUUAUAGCAACACCUUCCCCAAUGCCACCCGUACUUGUGAGCUUGGAAUGUACCUUUAAACAUGAAAACUCUUGUAUACAUAAUCUACAUUAGUUAUGUUAAGCUAAGCUAUGUCUAAAUCUGGAAUAUCUAAUUUGACUUUGUUUGCGGAGUUACUUAAAAGGACACGAACGUUAUACAAGAAAUCUUUUCAGUUUUAGAUCCACUGCUUCCCCAUUAUAAAUAUUAAAAAACUUAAAAUCCAGAGCCAGGAGAUACUAGUCUUGGCAGUCGCUCUGCAUUCAUUAUAACGAUUAUAAUGACUGAUCUCUGUCCAACAUAAUGCUUCUCAAAGACACACAUUGAGGGCCGAAGCCACAUGCGCGUGAACUGCUGUGCUUUACUAAUGCAUUGCUUCGCAUAGGGAAGCACUGAAUUCAUUGAUUCUGUGUGAGCUUUAGCGGUGUUUGGUGUCACUGUGCUGUGCAUGAUAAAGCCAAAUGUAAAGAUCUCAAGGUGUCAAGGAGGAAGUGCCUCUAAUAGCUGUCUGUCUGUCUAUUCUUGGAUCAAUGUAAACAUGGCCAUUUCUCAAGAAAUGACAAAGUUUUACAUGGUCUGAGAAAAAGGACAUCAUCUAUGCACAAAAGCCACUUCAUUAUGGAACUGCUUAAUAUGCAUUUAGUAGAUUCUAGAACAUUUUUGCUUGCACACGGUUGUAUUUUAAUGACUUUAUGACAGCUCGCACUUUCGACCAUCUCUCUAGCGUGGGGGCUCAAGUGAGAGCCAUGUUAGAGAGCUGGUCUAUGUUCGGGGAAUUUUCCCCCAUUCGUAGAUUAGAGGGAUUCCCUCCUCUGGUGCUCUUGUCUAUGUUCUGGGAAUCCCUCUAAUCUAUGUUCGGGGAAAUUUCCCCGAACAUAGACCUCACUUACCGACCAAUUAGUUUUACGACCGGGUCGUAAGAACGGAAGCCGUUAGGCAAGUGAGGAGUAUCUGUACAUUUUUGGUCUGGAGUGAAUAUACAAAAGGUAGUAGGAGUUCAAUGUGUUAUUAUUAUUAUUAUUAUUAAAUGGAUACCAUAGACACCAAAAUAACUUUUGCUUAAUGAAGCAGUUUUCAUGUAUACAUCAGGUUCCUUUAGUCUCACUGCCCAAUUCUCUACCAUUUAGGAGUUAAAUCGCUUUACUUAUACAACCCUAGCUGCACCUCCCUGCAUGUGACUUACAUAGCAUUCCUAGACACUGCAUAUGAAGAGAGAACUAGUUUAAACUUCCAUUAUUGCACAGUCUGUUUAAUUCAGGAUGUAUUAUCUCCUGCUCUGUUAAUAGUCUGCUAUAACUUGCAGGAGUCUUGUGUGUGUAAUUAAAACUCAAUUUACAGAGCAAGCGAUUAAAAACCUAUAAAGUAGGUUAAUAUCUGAUUGAAAUUAAACCAUUUUUUUCUUGCAGGCUGUGUGAGUCACAGCCAGGGAAAGUGUGACUAGGGCUGCAUGGACAGAAACAAAUUGAUGUUACUACUAAAUGGCAGAGAAUUGAGCAAUGAGGCUGCAGGGAUAUAACCUAUACAUCUAAACUGCUUCAAUAAGCUCACGUUGUGUUCAUGCCUAUAGUGUCCCUUUAAUAUUUAUAUAGUGCACACCUAUUCCACAAUAUUAUUAACGGGGCAUUUAACAACUACAGAAACAAUAGGUUGAUAAGGACCUUGCUCAAACAAUCUUACAAUCUAGCGGAGAUAAGGUAUAAAACACAACAGGAAAUGCAGUGUGAGGGAAUGGACCCAAGUGACAUGGAGGAAAAGUAGCAGAAUUGGAUGGUGAACAUCAAGAGGAGAAGGUUAAUGAAGUGGGUGCCUGAGAGGAUAAGAUCUAGGUUUAAGGAAUUACACUUCUGCUGGGAGUCCAUAGGUUAUUCUAGGGGAUUCUUAGGUACUUUCUAAAGGAUUGAAGACUAGUAGAGAGUCUGAUGGGUGGAGGCAGGCUGUUGCAUAAUAAUUGAGCUGCCUGUGAGAAGCCCUGUUCAUGCAUAUUUGCUGUAUGGUUAUGAGCAGGAGCCAGGAGCACCCGAGAAGGGGCGCACCUAUGAUUACUUAAGAAAUAUAGCAGGGGUAGAGCUGCUAAGAGCUUUGUAUGGUAGGGGAGGAGCAGCAGAGAGAAAAAUUAGCCUGGCAGAAGCAUUCAUUAUAGACUGUAAAGAGAUUGUAUGGUUUCUGGGGAGACCAAUUAGGACAGAAUUACUGUAGUCAAUGUGAGAAACUACAAGAGCAUGAACUAACAACUAAGAAAGGGGCGGAUGAGUGCAAUGUUUUUAAGAUGAAAUGUGCAGGAUUUGCCGACUGAAUAUGAGGUGUAAAGGAGAGGCCAAAAAAAUAAAAAUAAAUAACACCAAGGCAGCAAGCUUGCAAGAAAGGGAUGAUGUGAGUACCAUCAACUUGCAGGGAGAGUGACCGAGGAGGAUUGUCAGAUAAGCAGCUCUGUUUUAGACAGGUUGAUUUAAGAAAGUGGGCGGACAUCCAAUUGAAGAUGGAAGAGAGGCAACUGGAGAAUCAUUCUAGGAGAGGAGAGAUGUGUUUGGGUGUCAUUUGCAUACAGGUAGUAAUGGAACCCAAAAGAAUACAUACAUUUUCCGUGAGAGGCAGAAUAAAAAAAUAGAAGGUCUCAGAGGACAGAGCCUUGGGGGACUCCAACUGAGGCAGGAUAAGGGCAUGAGGUGUUAUCAGAAAAGGAGACACUGAAGGAUCAUUGGAAGAGAGAGGAUGAGAACCUUGAAAUUGUAGUGUCACAAAGGCCAAGGGUAUAAAAGUUUGGAGAAGGAAAGUAUAAUUGACAGAAGUAGCAGAGAGGUCUGGUUGAAUUAGCAUGGAGUAGUAGCCUUUGCCCUUAGCUGUGGAUGAGAGUUGAGAAUAGAGAUCAGUUGACUGUUGCUGAAAGUCAAGAGAUUUAAGGUUUCCCCUUUGUUAAUGGUGUGGUGGUGAAAUGAGAGUGGAAAUGGAGUGUUAGAAAUGUUAGAGACUGAGCAUGUAUCUGAGAAGAUGCGGUUGCGGGUAUUGCCAGCUACAUGUGUUUGAGUAGUAGCCCACAGGUAUCGCCAGAGGAAGAAAGUAAUGGAAAGAAGAUUUGAGGCAGCAUGGGACAACUGGAACGUUGAAGUCCCCAGUAAUUAGAAUGGAGUAUUAGAUGCAAGGACGUGGAAAAGCCAGGCAGCAAAAUGGUCAAAGAAGAGGAUAGUGGAGCCUGGGGGCAAGUAAAUAACAGUAUCAUUUGCUGGAAUGAGUAUGAACAAGCGACCUCUGUGAACUUCAAAUAAGGAGAAAGAGGUGGUAAGAGGUUUGAAGCAGUGGGGGGGAUGCAGAAAAUGUACCCCACCAUCAUACUAUCGUAUUCUCUGCUGGGGCAGAUUAACCUGGUAGCCCUAAUUUUUCUCAUAUCACUCCAAAAAGCCAGUAUACAACACCCAUAGACUCAUAGCACCAUAGCCAUUGCAAUGAGAUGUAGUGAUUAUGGUGCUUAGAGUGUGCCUUUAAAUUGCACUAUAACAACAGUCCGCAAGAAUAUAAUAUUACAAAUAUCUAAACUGCUAAUUUGAAAAAUACAAAAUACAUUACGCAGACAGGUUUUAUGCACUAUUGAUUCGUGGAAAAUAACUUUUGGUGACAUGUUCAUUUUAAUCUAGUUGUAUGAAACGCAGUUAUUACAUUUGUCAUUAAUGUGUGUUUUUAUUCAAUUAUAUCCAUCUGGUGUUGUGAAUUGCUGCUGUUUAUUAUUUUUGUAAUGACUGUAUUAUCAGGGGACCCUGUUUUGCUGGAUUUGUUUUUUAAUGUGUCUGUUUUUACAUAAUAUGCAGCGCAUAUUCUUGCGAUUAUUUAUUUAUAGUGCUAUGGUCUUGUACAAAUGCUUUAUUGAAUUAUUAUAUGAUGAAGAAUUUUACAUGCAUACAGGAAUACAGAUAUCUAUAGAAUUAAUGCUAUUAAUGAGAUUACAUUAAAAUGUGAGAAACUCUACAAAGAGUGUAAAGUAAAGUCUCAAAUGUUGCUGUUAAAAUACCUCAUAAAUUUUAUAUAUUUUUUUUGUUGCUAUUUUUGGGGGAAAAUUGUUUUUGAAUGUUGAAAUAACCAGAUUUGUGAGAGGAAGUUUAGCCAAUUGCCAAAUUUUGCUAAAAUUCAACUUGUCUAUACGACAAAGUAGUCCCUUUUUAUCUUAUGACCUCUUUGGAUUGCAUUGGAAUCUCUAUGAGCUUUUCAUAAAUAUUCUAUAUAUAUGAAAAUCUUAAAAGCGACUGUACCACUUUAAAUUUUCAUGCUAGCUGAAUUUUAGAGCAAAAUUUUAUAUGAUCAUACAUAUACAAUUUCUUAUGACUACAACUCUUUAAAAAUGCAUGCUGUGUGUGGUGUGAUGCACAGGUUUAGAACCUGCAAAAUGUAGCCGUACUGAGAAUGUCUUAACAAUAAUCUGUUUCUUUUAUCGUAACCAGAGUCCAUCUAUCGACGGGGAGCAAGGCGGUGGAGAAAGCUUUACUGUGCAAAUGGUCACACUUUCCAGGCUAAACGGUUUAAUAGGGUGUGUAAAAAUUUUGUUAAAAAAAAAACAUUUUAAGAAAUGUAAUGUUUAUGUAUUGCCACUAGGGGAGCUGUAUUUACUAGGUGUACUAUAGUAUGCUUAUACAGUGUUAGUGUCCAAACAGUAAUUAUGUUGAAGUAAAUAUGCAAAUUAAAGCUAAAGUAACAAAGCUUGGAAAACCCUGCAAGUCUGUUUCAUUUAAUAUACAUAAAAUAAGUCUACAUUUUGCAUAUUCAUUUUUCAGAGUUUCCACAGUUUAGGGAUUAAACCCACAUUGCAGGUGGUUAACAUAUAAAUUGAUCUGUACUGUACACAGCAGACCCAUUAAAACCUCAAGGUCUGUUCACUGAUGUGAAUUAUAUCGACUGAACGCAGAAUAGUAAAAUGUAGGUCAGAAAAGCAGCACUGUAAACCUUCUCAAAUUCUACAAUAUUCACAGCUUGGCUAUCUAAGUCCAAUUUUUGCAAUUAAAUUUUCACUUUCCAACAGUUCACUGGUUGUUAAAUAAGUUUGAGAUAUUAUUAGUGUCAGGAUUUGAUGAGAGAUCCCAGAUAAUUCCAGGUUGAAUGAAGGACACGUUGCUGCAGGUCUGCAGUGUUCUGUAAUCUAAAGGGGACUUCAGCCACCGGAGGUGCAAGAAUGUAAUGGAUGGUGUAUCGUGCAAAACGUAAUUCUAAGUCCAUUUUGUGCAUGAUUCCAAGCAUAGCUUUUUAUAAUUGUUUUAUUUCGUCAGAAACCACAAGAAAGAAUUAUGCCAUGGGCCACCUCUUCUAAAAUGAAGAGAGAGAAAUCUAAAAUGUGUACAAGUACUUGUAUGCAUCUCAGAAAUCACAGUGCAGGAAAUAAAGAACUCCUGUAUGAAAACUUAAAUGCUUGUAGGAAAACAGAAACAUAGACAUUUGAUAAUACCUACAUUAUUGCAGAUAAAUGGAGAGGCUGCUAAAAGCUCCUCACCAAUAGCCUAGCAUUAGAAUUCAAUGAAUAUGCGAGUGUUGAAGUGAAUUUUCAAGCCAGAGAUUGUCUGAGAUAGCUUAUCCAGUUAUUUUAUCACAUCAGGAAACCCAGGAGGCAACUAAAAUCUGUGGGAAAAGAGGGGCAUUCAGAGUUUUUAAAUUAAUAUUUAUUAAGUAUAGUAUUUUGUAACACAUUCUGUCCAAAAAAGGGUGACAAAUCCACCUUACAUUGUCACUUUAAAAAUGUCUUUGUGUGUGAAAUCAGGCAGUUUUUAGUAAUGUAGUUUGCACAGGGUCACCUGCAAACCAUUACUCCUGAAGUUCAAAUAUUUGGGAAUUCCUUUUUCUGACCCGGUUAUGAUGUUGAUAAAACAUGGACUAUGGGGGUUCAGUAAUUAUUUUUUAACCAAAAAUCAUUUUUAUAUGAGUACAUUUCUGGCUCUCUAGAAUGUAAUUGAUUAUGCCAAGUCACAGCCUUGUUGUCUGGUGCUGUACUAAAAGUAUAUAGCAGAUAAUGACUGUUCUUUAUUGAGCUACCUAACUAUUGGCUAUGGGCGGUAUGCACGCAGCAAUCUGUUAUGAAGGAAAUGUUUGCGUUUGUGUUAACUCUCUGUUUAAUGCCUUCCAGCGAGCACACUGUGCCAUCUGCACUGAUCGAAUAUGGGGGCUGGGACGUCAGGGCUAUAAAUGCAUCAACUGUAAGCUGCUCGUUCAUAAGAAAUGCCACAAGCUUGUUACCAUAGAGUGUGGGCGACACACUAUAACAGUAAGUAACAAUUGUCACUAAAACGCGUCUGUCAGCCUGAUUCUGUGUCAGAGCUGGAAAUCCCGGUGUGCUGUGUACACCAAAUUCCAUUAAUUGGCUUAUGCUUGGCUCCAAACAGCCUCUUUUAUUCAUCAAACAUCUAAAAUGCAAAGUACUAAACUACAUAUAGAAUAAAAAUAAACACACAAUUUGCUGUGUCCCUCCCCCUCUUUUUUAUUUUUUUCUCAUCUUUGUUUUUUAUUUUUACAUUUGAUCAAUAAAUUAGCAUUUUUCUGUUCACAGCUUGUUUCUGUUAUCUUUCUUUAAUGCAUUUAAAUAUAGUUUUUUAACAGCUGGAAUGAAGCCAAACAUAUACAUUUAGUGAUUUAGAUUUUUCUGUGCAAAUUGUAUUCUGUUGAAAAACAAAAAACAAGCAAACAUAUGAACUCCUAAACAAGCAAACAUUUCUAAUACAAAGAAAAGUGUGUUAUUCACAGAAUGUUCUAUUAAGACAUAUCCAAGGGCAGGAAAUAGUUUUUGUUUGUCAAUUAUGUGUGCAGCUUUUAAUUGCAUUCCAGCCCUAUUUAUAAAUCUUAAAAUACUGAGACUUGUGAAAAAAUAAAACGAAAUGAUGAUUUCUCAGUAGCAGUAGAGAUCAUUUGCUAAAUUGUCUGUGAAACGUAAAAAUGCCAUGUACAUGAAAUGCUUUAAGCACAGCUCUUUUUUCCUUAUCCUUCCAGGAAUCUAUUAUCCCAAUGGACACACCAAGCAUGCACCCAGAUCACCACGACCCAGGUAUCCGCAAUCUAGGAACGUCAAAAAAAUGAAACACUAAUUGUAUAAAUGCAAUUUUAAAGGGACAAUAAAUAAAGUGAAUCAUUCUUCUCUCCACCUGCUAAUGUAAAAUGUCACUCAAUAGAUAUAUCACCGUGUAAACAUUUGGGCCUAUAGUUUCAUCCCAGGUUCUGAACCACACAUGCAUCCUCUCUACAGACAGAAUUUAAGCCUUUAAAACAGGCUUAGCUGCCAGUGAGGGGGCCAAGCAGGAGUGUAUGUAUUUGACGGUUUGCAUGAAAACACCACAUAGAGCACUAGACAUAAAGGAAAUUGAUUUCUAGUCUUUAUCUUGUUAAUUUUCCCAUUAUUAAUUUUUUUUUAAAAAAUAUUUAGCUGAAUUGGCUAUAGAUUAUUCCACUGUGUGUCUGGUUUUCCCCUCCAGCUUCCUAAUUAGUGGUUCUUGCUUAUUGUCAUCAGUAAGUUUGGCCAGCGAAACGCCAAUUUUUGUUGGAUGUAAUGAGUCUUCUAACGGUCAUUAACAGCUAUUAGAAUGACUGCCAUGUAUGUAACUGCUCGUGAUCACUGCCCUUUAGCUAAAACAAUAGCAAUAUUUUCGUGUGCUGCUUGUUGUCCCGUUUUUCAGAGCAGAAGCAAAUACUGAUGCUUUAGAGAUUAAUGCAGUUGAUAAAAGUAAUUUAAAAAAAAAAGACAACAAAUAUAAAUAAGCGCUGUAUCCAAGCUGUUUAUACAUUCAUCCCAUGGGCCUGUAAAGAUAAUUUUCUUGCUAUUCACUUUAUAAUCAACAUAACUUUCUAAUAAGGCGUUCAUUUUCCUUUGAUUAUAGCAAUAUGUACCUUCGACAAUUAGGAAAUGUAACGUUAUGAAUCAUAAAUAUAUUGCGCUUUUGAGAGUUAUCCCCCUGGGGUUAGAGAAUUACACUUAUUAAGCUCGAUCAUUUUAUGGAGCUGGUAAGCUGUGCACGUAUUGAAGGAAUUCAUUUAGUUUACCGAAGGGUUAUGUGUAAACACAGCCUAGACCUUACUAUAUUUCAUUUUAUUUUUGGGGAGAGAGCAGGGGACUUGUUUUAUGAGUUAGGUUAAUCAACCAGUAGUGAUUAACUGCUUCCUAAAAAUCAUGAACAUUAUUUUAAAUCACACCCAUAGGAAUUGCUUGCAUUUUCUGGUUUAGGAUUAGAUGUAACCUUGGGGGCAAUCCUGGAGAAAAAGAAAUCCACCUACUGUCUUUUCAGCCUUUUGAGAGCUGUAUUAUUAAAGCUAUUAUUACAGUACAAUAGCAAAGACUCUAAUAUAAUACAAAUGAAUUUAUUGCCUAGAAUUCUAGGUCUUUUUUAUGAUCAAUUAUUUUGUAUUGCGUUAUAAAUUUACCUUAAACGAGGGACAUUCUAAGCACCAUAACCACUGCAGUUUAUCAUUUUGGUUACAGUGCAAAUGUCUGUGGAUAAAGUUCAUCUUUUUUGUGACAUAUCAUUUGGCCACCCUUGACUCUGAAUCCAACAUCGUAAUGACGACUUGCGCUGCUUCAUUACUUGUAAUAAAAAAUGAUCAUCCUGCAUUCUCACACUGUGCAGUAAUAGACUGUGAGCACUAGGCUAUUGCGGCUUCUGACUGCAUCUAAUCGUGGCAACGCUUUCUGCAUCGCCAUCUUUAAAAGAAAGGUUUAACAUUAAUUCGACUGCACAGAGUGGGCUACAGAAAAACGUAUAGCCCAGAACUCACAGUCUAUCAGUGCAUUGUGUUCACAUACCCUCCAAAUAUAUUUGCAGGUAAUGCGUAAGUGAAAUCCCUCCGUAUAAAGCAGAGGCAGAGGUGGUGAGCUCACAGCGCCCUGUUUAUGGUCAAACUGCUUAAAACUAAACAAAAACCUUUAGGUCGGCAUAACAAUAUAAUUCAUAAAUUGAGCUUUAGCAAAGGCCAGCAAAUCUAAACAAUAGACCUACUCCAUGAUUGGGAGUGUGAUGUGUCAUAUGACACAAUUUUUAACUGUAUCAAUUUUUUUUUUACUAAAAGAAAAAUAAAUUGUUACAGUAAAGAAAAUACGUAUACAUUUUAUUCAAGUGAAACCAGAAAUCGGUUUGUGGACAUACACAGUGUAUUUAAAUUUCCAGCACUGAUAAAUAUGUGUGUUAUCUGUGAAGGUACGUUGAAAUGCAUUAUUUUAUAUGUUCGCUGAUAAUCUUAAACCUGGAGACCCAAAGUGCCUCUUUCUGAAAUGUAUAAAUAAAUUGUAUUCUCUGUGACACCGUGUGCGAAUACAAUUUUAUUAGACUAGGUGUUGACCACACUUGAAUCAGUGUACGUUUUCCCCAUUAGAGCGCUUUUUUCCAAAAUUGCUCGUUGUGAAGAAAGUGAUUCUCUCUAUUUUGACAGAUUUGUGAUUUGAAGUAGUACUUAACACUAACUGGCAAAACAUGUUCUAUUUGCAGAACUCCCUUACAGGCCUCAAAGCCAGGAUAACCUUGAUCAAGUUGGAGAAGAGAAAGAGGUAAAGUCAUUUUUGGGUUUGGGUCGUUUUUCAAAACUUUAUUGCAGUUUGUUUGCUUUGUUUAUAUAUGUAUUUUUUCCCCUUUAAAGCCAGAUCUGCCUUAAAGAAAGCUAGACCAGUUGUCCCCUAAAAAUAAAACAGUGUUUCUCUAUCUUGACAGAACAUUUUAAGCUGAAAGGCUGAGGCACAAACUCAGGUUUUCAGGAUCUGCGUGUUCUGGGUGUUUCACGGCAGGCACCAUUUUUACAAGGAUUUUGAAGGUUGCUUGGACCUUGUUGGUGGCUGACAUACCACCUUGAAUGGCAAGGUUAGGGUGGGCACAGCUAACUACGCCAGAACUGAUUAGCUGAAGCAACAUCAGAUACACCGGGGGCAGGAACUGGAUGUUAAGGUAGGUAGAAUGCCAAUUAGAGCAUCGUCUAGACCAGGCCAACAACCGGGUGAGUGUAAGUAUUACGUAGUUGUAUAGCCUGGAAAAAAAAAACUUGCGUCCAUAGGUCUUCACGCUUCGACCGUGGUUAGGGUAAGGCUUAGCAAAAAACUGUGUGAUUUCACAGAAAUGGGAAAUAUCAGGCGGAUUAUUGAACUUCUGAUAAUUUGAGCGUACACUUGAUGAAAUCAGUUUCCAUUGGCAUGUGCCUUGGAGUUUAAAUGAAUGACUUGUAAUAUCAAUCCUCUCUGUCUGGAGUGUUACACUUUUAAAUUGCAUACUGCCACUCACAAGGAAGACAUAACAGCAGCCAUGGGAAAUACAGCCUUGCUACUCGAGCUAGGCCCUCACCGGGUCGAAGAAUAGCUCUACGAUGGAGCAUUGCUUUUAUGAAAGCUUUGGGGUAUUAUGUAAUGAAGGGCCUGGUGACUGUGACAAGGGGUGUUACGGUUUCUGUAUGCUCCCAUAUCUUUUCUUCAUGAAUUGCUUCUUUUGGAAAAGAGUCAAUUCACACUUUAUUCCUUUUCUUUAUAAUAUCAUCUUACAGUGAUGGGGGGAAAGCUGAUACGGGUGAUAAAUUCGCCCUUUAUCUUCCCCCAAAAAGGAAAAAAAAUCUGAAAAAUCAAACCAAUUAUAUAGUUAUACAAUCCAGGAAAAAUGCCACUUACCAAUAUUUCAGAGGGCCCUCACACUGAGUUGAAGGCUCCCUUUAAAGGCUUACAUUGAAUCCAGAAGAUAUUGAUUGCACAAGCACCGCCAGAUUCCUUUUGUUUCUGUUUUAGAAUAGGUGUCUUUAUAAUUCUACAAUAAUACUUUUCAUGUGUAUGACUGUCAAAGAAUUUGGGCCCAUCCUGAGAAACCCUUUGUAAUCUAUAUUGUUCCUUAAGCCACCAUACUGUUUCUCUUGCAGUUUGAACACAGGCUCAAUAGCUACAAAGCUGGUUUUCUGACAUAUAAUAAGAUGUGCCUUUAUUAAGCUCUUUGAAAUGUCCCCUUUGUAGGCAAUGAACAGCAGGGAGAGUGGCAAGGCCCACUCCAGUUUGGGCUUGCAGGAUUUUGACCUUCUACGAGUUAUUGGAAGAGGCAGCUAUGCUAAAGUUCUGCUGGUGCGGUUGAAGAAAACAGAACGUAUUUACGCUAUGAAAGUGGUGAAAAAGGAGCUUGUUAAUGAUGAUGAGGCAAGUUCACAUAUCAUUAAAUAUUCAUAUAUAUGUAUGUGAGUUCGUUUAAACUUGAUCAGUGUAACGUAACCGUAUCACACCUAAUCCAACCUCUCUUGUGCAUUAUCUAAUAAAGUUAUACACUGAACCAGGAAUUUGGCAUUUUUUUACGUCAAAAUAGCCAAACUAGAAAACUUCUCCAACUUAGCUAUUGUUUCUAUUUGGGAGUUUUCCCUGAAAUUUUCCAUUCCAUUUGUCAGUUCUCUGCAAGAUAGUGAAAAAGUCACAAAAGUAUUUUGAUCCUAGCAAUGAACUGGGUAUUUUAAAUCUGACAUACAAAGCGUUUUAGUAACACAUGUUCCCCUACUGUGUAAGGUUAUCUUAGGCUUAAGAUAAGGCCAGGGACUAAUGAAAGUAUUUAGAAUAUUGGGCAGACUAGAUGGGCCGAAUGGUUCUUAUCUUCCAUCACAUUAUAGAUUUCUAUCCCUUUAAAAAAUAGCAGCCAGGCUCUGCCGCCUAAAAAAUCAAUAAAAAUGUUCUAAUAUAAAGUAUCAGUAAGAUUUGCAGCAAAAAUAGAGAUUUCCAGUUUUUGGAUUCCAGGAACUGGUAAAAUAAGGGCAGGUGAACUGAUGACAUCACUGGUGACAUCAUUAGAUGGAUGCCCCCAGUUUACAAAGAGAGCUCAGCUUUAUUACCCUAAAUAAAUUGGAAUUAUACUAAGCACCUGAAUGUAUAUUAAUAAUUGCAUAGCAUAACCUAUAUUUGUGUCUGGUUGUAGGAUAUUGACUGGGUACAGACAGAGAAACAUGUCUUUGAACAGGCUUCAAACCAUCCUUUCCUUGUAGGACUUCACUCCUGUUUCCAGACCGAGAGCAGGUAAGCUGGAUAUUUAUUUAACAAUUCUUAUAUAGAACACGUGAGUCUUCAUAAAAAUGUUAUAAUUAUACGAGGAAAACAAAAAGAAUUAACCUAGGGCCAAAAUUUAGAUAUCACAAGGUAGAGGGCACAAAAAAGGGGGGUAACCCCUAAAUGGUGAAUAUCAUAGAGAAUAAACAAAAAAAGAAACAAAUGCCAUUCUACCUGUCCUCUUCAUAAAAAUGAGCUCAUCAAACCGUGACAUAGUCCUGCAGAGUCCUUCUUCCCUAAAGUCUUAAACCAACUAUUUGUCCACAUUUGCAAGGUUCAGAGAAUUGGCAAGAUGUGUUUUAUGUGUAGCUGAUGUACAGAUCUCAACAUCGUACUCAGAAGUAGCCAAACCGUUUUGCUGAUUCUUUGCACAUCUGCUAAGUGGUCUGAAUAGAUCUGUAUUUUUGUUGAUGGUAAUAUUUGUUAAUGAUCAGUGGUGUUCAGGACCAGUGUUCAGCGUUUUCUAGCAGACUAAACAAGUAUGUCCCAUGUUUAUUAAUAUUGUUUUAUGGGUUUUUUUUUUUCCUGAUAUAGUUUAUAUUUUAUUAUGCAGCAAUAUACAUGUGACAUAAAGUUAUAUAUAUCAAAAGCAAAUACAUAAAAUACAUUCCGGAUUGUCCCUUUAAAUAAUCCAGCAACUUUGUUGGUCAGAAUCCUUUCAAAAGGUUGUCAAGAUGCAAAAUAUUGGCUAAACUUAUGGUGUGACAGUCAGGCUUUGGCUCGUCCAUCCAAUUUUUAGGAUCUGUCAAUAAAUAAAUCUAUUAAAAGAUUUCUUCAACCCUUUUUUGGAUUUUAUAAGAAUAAUGCCCUAUAUUCUGCAGGUGCCCCCAAAUGAAAUGCUCAAAUAAUAUUUAAAAUUACUUUUGUUCACCUUAAUUCAGUGCCGGGCAAGGAUUUUGCCGCACCCCUGUCCCUGGGGUACGUACCUUCAUCUAAUCAAAGACUUCUUGUAGCAGGCACACGCUCUGAGCCAGUGUGGGGAGGAGGAAAGCGAGGAAUGGAGUGGAAAACUGCAAGGGAAAAGCAGUUACAUCUGUCACCAGCGUGCAGUGCUUGUAACUAGCCCCUUUGGUUCCAUGGUGUAGUGGUUAGCUUUCUGGACUCUGAAUCCAGUUAUCUUAGUGGAACCUUUCCUUGAGAAGAUAGCAUUAACCUUAAGAGGCUAAUAUUUCAAUUGGUCUGCAUAAACAAUAGUUAAUUUCAAACCUUCUUUUUUUUGUCACAUUCUAUGUUUCUAUUCAGAUUAUUUAAAGGUAGGCAAACAAUGCAAUAGACCAGCAGGAAAUGCUAGCAGAAUGCUUGGUUGUAUAGGGAGAGUAGAAAGAAGGAAGUGCUCAUGCCUUUGUACAGUAUACUGGUGAGACCUCACUUGGAGUAUUGUACGCAGUACUGGAGACGUAUUUCCAGAACAAUAUUGAUACUUUAGAGAGAGUUCAGAGAAGGGCUACUAAACUGGUUCAUAGAUUGCAGGAUAAAACUUACCAUGAAAGGUUAAAGGAUCUUAACAUGUAUAGCUUGGAGGAAAGACCAGACAGGGGGGAUGUGAUAGAAACAUUUAAAGGGACUCUCCAGGACCCUACAGUGCCCAUCUCCCUCCCACCCCCCAUCCCAAGUUGUUGAAAGACGAGAAAGGGGGAAUAUGAAACAUUUAAAUACAUAAAGGGAAUCAACACCGUAAAGGAGGAGACUAUAUUUAAAAGAAGAAAAAGUACCACAACAAGAGGACAUAGUCUUAAAUUAGAGGGGCAAAGAUUUAAAAAUAGUUUCAGGAAGUAUUACUUUACUGAGAGGGUAGUGGAUGCAUGGAAUAGCCUUCCAGCUGAAGUGGUAGGGGUUAACACAGUAAAGGAGUUUAAGCAUGCGUGGGAUAGGCAUAAGGCUAUCCUAACUAUAAGAUAAGGCCAGGGACUAAUGAAAGUAUUUAGAAAAUUGGGCAGACUAGAUGGGCCGAAUGGUUCUUAUCUGCCAUCACACGUCACAUUCUCUGAAACACUGACAUCCAAACUCCUACCACCAUGAUCGCUUCUAAAAGCAGAUGUGAUCAUGGUGAUUGGACUAACCCUUUAAGUUUAGCCUUCAGGAUAUAACUCUUCUAAACAAAAAAGGCUAAGAAACACAAUCAUUAAAAGUGAACCCUAUUUCUAAACUGUUCUUUUUUCUGGGGUGGUCCUUUUUGCUUUACAGGAGAAAUUGAUGGAUAAAACUCUUUGUUGGACCUACAAGUAGUGUACUUGUAAAUCCUUGCUUUAGUGACAGUGGAUCCAUCUUGCUUUGAAGAUAGCUGUGGUAUUUCUUCACCUCCUGUCAUGAUGCAUGCUGUCAUUUCAGUACACCAAUUGUAAAGAAUCACUUUAAAAUGUAGCUUUUUUGCAGAGUUCAUAGAACAAACUAUCCCCCCCCUUUUUUUUUUACCUUAAAUAUAUAUGAUAGAAGAGCAACCGGGUAGUGAUCUAAAGAGCAACACUUUUAAUUUCUACAUUACACACUGUUUUAAUUUUAGGUUUCACACGUGUAUUUGCAGGAACAUUCAUCAGCAUCCGUUUAGAACAAACCACUCAUCUGUGGUUCUCUGUUUGAAAAUACAGUGCACAUUAAUUUACAAUGUCAACGGUCUAUGAAGGACUGGGCUACAACAUCAUUAAAUACUUCCAGCUUAACGGAGGACCAAGGAAGAUUGAAGUUUUAGCCGGAAGGCUCAAGGGAUGAAGUAGCCCAGACUAAGCAAGACCUGCUAAUCUUUUUGUAUUUGAUAAGAUUAGGAUAAUAAAACAAUUUUCAAGACAUUAAAUUCUAGUGAUGCCAUGCUGCAUUCCAUUUGCUUUCAUCCUAACAUUCUGUUUUCUUUCAGACUGUUUUUUGUCAUUGAGUACGUAAACGGUGGCGAUCUAAUGUUUCACAUGCAACGUCAAAGAAAACUUCCAGAGGAACAUGCACGGUCUGUAUUAAGGGGGGCAUAGUGACAGACACAAUUCCAUUAUUUAUUAAUGUUUUCUUAAUCAGGCAGUGUGUGUAUUUCGUUCCCUGCACUGCCUGUGAAAUGGUGGGAUAAGUGAAAUGGAAAUUGCAUUAUAAUAAAAGAAUAUAUCCUAAGUAGCGAUGAUGGUUUGAUAUAGAUAUAAACUGUAGCAUGCAAACAAGGGGAUUUAUUUAGCAAUUCUUUUAUGCUGAAUUUCUUUGCACGCAUUGCUUCUUUGUAAUAGAUCUGUGUUUUCCUCCCCCCUAGGUUUUAUUCUGCAGAAAUCAGUCUGGCAUUAAACUACCUUCACGAGCGGGGGAUUAUUUAUAGGGAUUUAAAGCUGGACAAUGUCUUAUUGGAUUCUGAAGGGCACAUAAAACUUACUGACUAUGGCAUGUGCAAGGUGGGGAAAUUAUAUUUUAUACCUCCUGUCAACUCAGGCGCUUUUCUUGCCUCUCCUCUCAGGAUUGCUGUAAAGAAACACAUGUAUUUUUCAGACUUGAAUGUUUGUUAUGAAAAAAAAAAUGAACUUUAUGAUAACCCAAGUUCGCAAUUGAUUCAGCAAUGGCUGCCUUCUAACAUAAGCUUACUAAUCAAGCUAUCAUUGGUCCUAUGGCGGCAUUUAUGUAUUCUUUCAAACCUUUGAGAACACUGGAUAGUAACGUUGGAUAAUCCAGACUGCAUACUACAUUUUUUACCCUUUGAAUACUAGAGAGGGGGACAUUAUUUUUCCCUAGGACACAAUGUAAUAAAUAAGUGUAAAAAGUCUCCAUCAGGUACAUAUUACAAUUUAAUAGUGGAAGUGUGCUAGUGGUAUGUGGUAGUGGGUGGCCAGUAGGUAGCUUGCUGUGCUGUGGGAUGCAUAGGCGCACAUCGCAACGCUAACCACUCAAUCCCAGAAUGCAGUGCAUACAACAGUAUUGGGCUAAUCUCAGUUGUUAAAUUCUGUAUCAUUACAAACUUUAGACAUUUCAUCAUAUUUUUAGCUUACUUGUCAGUACAGUCAUUGCAUAUCUAUUUUACCUAUUAUUAUUAUUAUUAUUAUUGUUUAUAUAGCGCCAUCAAAUUCCGUAGCGCUGUACAAUGGGUACCUAUGACUAUUAUCUACACCUAUGACCAUUUAUUUUGCCACAGUUAUGUAUGUUCAUCCUGUAACUAGUCAAUAAAGCUGUAACAAAAGUUAACGAUAUCUGGCUCUAUCGCAUUUUUGAGAAAAGAAAAAAAAUGAGAUUCCUAUGCCUGUAAGUCUUACAAAUUUGUUUUUGGUGUUUUUUUUUUUUUUUUUUAAGGAAGGGCUUAGGCCUGGAGAUACGACCAGCACCUUCUGCGGCACUCCAAAUUACAUUGCACCAGAAAUCCUGCGAGGAGAAGAUUAUGGUAAUAAGCAAGAACAGGCUAGGCUAUGCUUACAAUAAACAGCUGUAGAAAUAAAGCGCCCGCCUUGGCUCGGGGAUUAUAUUUAAAAUCUUUGCCACCAGAGUCUUGUUUUUCAGAUUUAUGUUAACAUAUGCCCCAUUAACACUGGAAUAGUUGAGGGACAAUGGAUAAAACAAUUGCUUCUGCGUUCAUCACAAAUGCACACAUUGCUCGCAGAUUGCUUAGGAUUAUUUUAAAACAAAACUGUCUCUAGGUAGUUGUGUUCCAGAAUGUAAAUGAUUGUAUUAUUUCUUUAUUGUCUUUCUCUUGGUGUGGAUAACUUCACGGGUUUGCAGUGUAUGACUGCAGCAAUUAAAUAAUGGUUUUGACUUUGAAUUGCCCUUGAGUAAGGUAGAACUCUACAUACAUAGAGAAUAAAAGAAUGUGUCAUGCUGACUGUUUUAUGAUAUGAUAAACAGGUCUUUAGAUUGCUUUUCUCUCUGAUUAAGGUUUCAGUGUGGACUGGUGGGCUCUUGGGGUCUUGAUGUUUGAGAUGAUGGCUGGAAGGUCACCGUUCGAUAUUGUUGGGAGCACUGACAAUCCGGACCAAAACACAGAGGAUUUUCUUUUCCAAGGUAAUAGGUAGUUUCCUCUUCCUAUGUGCAUUAUUUUUAAGCAUAAAUUUAUAGUUAUCCAUCUCUCCAUUACCCUUCGAGUCUUGGCUUUGUUUACAGUGCAGAGAUUUGUGAGCUACAUUUCCAAUAAUUAUGUAUGCCUGACCCACCCUUAAUUACGAAGUAACAUUAAACGUAAUUUUCUAAUCCUGCUGACAAUUUUAUUUGGUCAACAUAACGGUACGUAAGCUAAGUGAGUACAAGUGUGAAUACUAAACUAGGUGGGUGAUACAAUCAACUUAAAAUGCAUGCAUAUUUUUUUUAACCUAUUAAAAGUUAGACAUUUAAUAUAUUUAAAUGCCCUUUCAAGCUAUCUGAAAUUUAUACAUGCGCAAGUGAUCUAACUUAAAGGGACAUUCUAAGCACCAAAACCAGUCCAAGUGGUUUUGGUCCAAAGACUCUGUACCAUUAUCUGGCAAUGUAAAACAAAUCAAAAAGCAGUCAUUGUGUUAACUUUUGAGAGAGAGGGGAUUUUAGGUCGCACCACAAAAUAAAACUAGUAGAAAUAAAACAAGUGUAAUAAACGUAAGGCAGAACAAAAUCUCUUAAUAAAAGGCUAUUAAAUAAAAUAGAAGCAAUACGGUAAGUACUUACAUAUAUAUCCGAACAAUAAAUAUAAAUAAGUCCUAAAAUAAACAGGAGAUGGUCAGGUCCACUUGAAAAGUUGUAAAAAGAAAAUAGUCCAAACAGAGGAGUGAUCAACAGUUUCUUAUUCUGGAUGGCAAUAUGCGAAUAGAACAGAGGAAAAUUCCAAUAGUGUAGACUGUAAUUUGAGUUUCUUUAUGAAGAUACAGAACGAAAAAUUAUCGCACUCACCUAUUGUGGAGCUUGAACUAGCUCAGGUGUACUUCGCAAUCAGUGGUAUUGGUCCCCCAAUGAUGGGAUAUAGGCAUAUGCACGUAAAGGGAGUCCUCGAGAGAAAAGAGGGUGGUACAAAAUAGUGCUCACUGUAUACUUAUAUAUAGCGUGAGAUAAAUAUAUAUAUAUGUGGAAUACUCACAUUUAAGUGAGCAGGAUAUACUGCUCACUUAUAUAGCAUAGGUGGUAUCAUCCCCACCUGGAAUUCUUGAGCACAGGGAUGGUGAUGUUAGAGUUAAUAACCAGGUCCAAAGAUAAAAUAAAUGUAUAAAAUAUAUAAAAACUGAAAUAAAAAGGUAUAUGGCAAAGAGGAGAAAUAUAUACUAGCCAAUAAUCCUUUAUUAAUAUAAAAUAAAAUAGUAAAAUAGCCAAAACGCGUUUCGCCAAACAGGGCUUUUUCAACUGGCAAUUAGUUUCUUAUUGCCAGUUGAAAAAGCCCUGUGUGGCUAAACGCGUUUUGGCUAUUUUACUAUUUUAGUGAUUAUUAUGCUAGGAGUGUCUUGGAAUUGUGCCACAGUAAGUGGUUAAACUGUUUUCCUUUGGCCUGGCCUCCUCUCCUGGUAUAUCUGAAAUAAAAAGUUCCCCUUCCUCAUUCGAUAUGUCAAUUUCAUCCCCACUUGGAAGGAUUAAUUGGCUGAGAAUGUCAGCUAAAUUCUGUCCAGCGUCGAGUCCAGAAACAGGCCAAAUUGAAAUUACUAAUGCAGACGUAGCAUUAACGGUGCCAGAUGAGAUGGCCAGAGUAGAAGUGGCAGGGUGACCCAAGUAAGUGUCAAAAUGUUUAAAAACAGUCUGAGUACUUACUGCAGGACAGUGUCAUGGCACAUUGUUUUUGGUACUUAGAUUGACUCUUUAAUCAACACGUACAGGGUAUAUUUCUGUUAAAGCAUUAAUAAUAGAUGGACUACCAGCUAAGAAAGCUAAAAGUUCCAAUCAUUUUCCAACAAAGACAGCAAAUGUUAAACAAUUUAAAUAAAUAAAUAAAACACAUGAAAAAGUACAAUGUUUUUGUGUUUAAUGGAAUUUAUUUAUUUUUUUCAUUUUAUUUCUGUGUUAGGCCUAGGGCAUAGAUAAAGGGCAAAUUACAUUUUAGGUAAUUGUAAUGGAGGAUGAUGCAGGAAAUGAUUCUAUAGGAUUCACAGACUGAUUCUCAUUACUGCAAAUAAUCUGAAUUGUAGUCAAAUAUAUGGCAAUCGAUUCCCAAAACUGAACCAUAAAACUCCAGCAGUAUAGCUUCAUUUUCUAGAUGUUGUAUAUUUUUAUUUUUGUUUAUUUAUUGUUGGCUAAUAUAGACAUGUCUUUUAACAUUUUGUUGUUUGUUUGUGUCUUCUGUCCUUGAUUUCUAGUCAUUCUGGAAAAGCAAAUCCGUAUUCCUCGAUCUCUGUCUGUGAAAGCAGCUAGUGUAUUAAAGAGCUUUCUUAACAAAGUGAGUAGCAGGGAACCCUUUGGCAACAGUAUCUGUUUGUCUCCAAACCCACCUUUAAAUGCCUAUGUCACACAACAAAUUCGUUUUUUUUUGUCUUCCUUUUUCUCUUUGAUUUUUAUUUUAUUUCUGGCUGUGAUUUGUACCAAAAAUACAGUUUGUUAUUUACUGGCAUGACACCUGCAGUCUUGGCAAUUUUUAUUUAGCAGCUUUCUUUCUCAGUAUUGCCCACCAGUGACAACCAUAUAUCUUUAAAUACACUGUAGCAAACCUAUUUGUACUUCUUUUAAAUCACCAGGAACCAAAGGACCGGCUUGGCUGUCAUCCACAGACUGGGUUUGCUGAUAUCCAGGGCCAUCAAUUCUUCCGCAAUGUUGACUGGGACCUUGUGAGUAAUGCUUUCUUACUGUAAGAGAUGGGUUGUAUGGUUCAAACAUGGGUCAUCGUGGUAGCAAUAAAAUAGUGUUAUAUAGCCAAGUAGGGGACGGGUAGGCACAAGUUGGACAUUUCCAAAUUAGCUUAUUUGUUAUUAUUGGUUAUUGAUGACUACUGAUGUUUGGGGAUAAUGCCUUGGGAAAUAGUCAGCCAUUCCCUUGUGGUUAAUGGAGCACACAACAGCUAGCGAUCCAAAAUGUCUCAAUCACGGAUCUGCUUGUGAAUGGGCAAUAAGCUACAUACCCAGAAUUUUAAAAGAACAUUAUGGCGUUAGGAAUACAAACCUGUGUUCCUAACUCUAUAGCACCCUUGUCCCUAGUUCGUUCCAAGGGACCCCCUUUAGCAGUAAAAAUUUUUAAAAGUGCUUUUAUUUUCCACCUCACGCAGCAUCAUUGAAGAUAUGUUGUUUCCAUGUCGAUGAUCCAACCCAAUUCUCCUUAUAGAGGAGCAUUGGAGGCAUGACGCACACAUUGAAUGAAUUCAAUGCUUUCUCAUAAGCUCCAUUUAAUGACAUUCAUUUUCCUUAUAGACCACUACCAGGGCACUAUAGUUGAAACAUAUUUGUAUUCCUAAUGAUAUAGUAAGCUUCAGUUGAUGAAUGGGUAGCUAGAUAAAUAGCUGCUUUUUUUUUUUUUUUUUAUAAUUCUUUAUUUUGUUGUGCAAAAUAUUUUCAAACAAACACAUGUUGCCAUAUUAGAAAGCUCAAACAUUGAUGCGGUAUACAAGAUGAAUGUUAAUAUGACACAGAAAGUAAUUUCACCUUUUUUAAUAUGCACAAAACAGGAACAGUAAACAGUUUGGUUAGUCACAUCUACAUAGUGGGUUAGACUCAUCGGAGCCAAAGGCUCGUGGUCAGGUUUAAUCUACAGUGUGGUUAUUCAGGUAUGUAGCCUGUGUGGACGACUGUCGUAUCUACUACACGACAAGCUAGUCGUGGUGGAGCAAAUGUUGGGCAGGCAGGGUGGGUCUCUCAUACAGCGAUGUCCUGUCUCUGCAGGGCGGCUGGCUGGUGGUCUGCUCUAGUGAGGGCAUGUAUGAUGGAUCUGUGAGCUAUUCUGGCAUUCGGACUGCCCUGCUCUGUCUCUGCAUUGAGGGUGAUGACCCCUAACCAAGGGGGCUGCGGGGCAGGGGGUGUGCGGUAUGCACCUGACUGUGUGGCCUCAGUUCUGUGUGUUCUGAAAGAAAUGCGGGGUUUUAGGGACUAGUGCCCGUAUGUGUGCCAAGGUGUGUGUCUGGGCGUUAUGUGCCUCAGGGGCUGAAGCCUGAGUGUGCAUAAGUGAGUAAUCAUGUGAAACACAUAACAUAGAAAAUAAAGAAAUUAAAACAGUUAAACCAGUAAAAAUAACAUCUAAUUUGUUGGAGUGUUAGAGGUAUCAACCAUUUAGACCUAAGUUAACGUGAGUGUUCAUGGAACUGCAGGUAGUCUCCCACUCACUCCCGGGAUACAAGGUGAGGUCGUUGCUGGGUCCCAGUGUACUCCAGGGGGUUUUGCUGGCCUUGUUGCGGUCGGGUUCGACAAGGCGAGGGUUUCCAGGAAGUUGGUGGCUUCAUCCGUUGAGUUGAGGACGUGUGUUGCCCCUUCGUGGGUGACCUCAAAUAAACCUCCUGUUCCCCUCCUGUAGGCCAUGCCGGCUGCGCGUAGCUGUGUGGUUGCCGGGCCGUAUGAUUUGCGCCACAGUAGGGUAGCCCGUGAUAAGUCCUGAUAAAAGGUCAAUUCCAAGUCCUCAAAGGAUAGGGGCACCUUGCCCUUAAGCACGGUCAUAAUAUAAUAUGGAGUUUGUAACGUAUUUUAGGAUUACGUCCCAUGCUGCGGGGGACUUUAAGCGAGUGUAGGUCGGGAGAUGGUAAAUUCCAUCUAUUGCGAUUUUCUUUGCAGCUGUGUGGGGGAGUAUGGUGGCCAAGAGACGCCUUACGUAGUGUGGCAACUACUCUGCCGAGGUGGCGGUGGGGAUUCCUCCAAUUUUAAUGUGUGUACGCCUUUGCCGGUCUUAGGUGGCCAUUUUGAGUGCCAUGAGUUUCUGGUUAAGCUGGAUGUGAUGUACCUUGUCAUCGAGGGAUGUUAGAUGAGAUUUGACUUACACCACGUCUUCCUCCAUGGCUUUCACACGGUCAGUAACAGCUGGUACUUCUGUUUUGAGAAGGGCUGAGUCGGCUGCUAAGAGCUCGUGGAUGUUGGUUAGCAGGAUUUUUAAAUCUCCUUUGGUGGUUGGGGCCGCGUUGUCCGAGGGUUCAGGCUGCUGGGGCUGUGUUGCCCUUGUGAUUGGGGAUAGAAACAUAGAAACAUAGAAUGUGAUGGCAGAUAAGAACCAUUCGGCCCUUCUAGUCUGCCCAAUUUUCUAAAUACUUUCAUUACUCCCUAGUCUUAUCUUAUAGUUAGGGUAGCCUUAUGCCUAUCCAACGCAUGCUUAAACUCCUCUACUGUGUUAACCUCUACCACUUCAGCUGGAAGGCUAUUCCAUGCAUCCACUACCCUCUCAGUAAAGUAAUACUUCCUGAUAUUAUUUUUAAACCUUUGUCCCUCUAAUUUAAGACUAUGUCCUCUUGUUGUGGUAGUUUUUCUUCUUUUAAAUAUAGUCUCCUCCUUUACUGUGUUGAUUCCCUUUAUAUAUUUAAAUGUUUCUAUCAUAUCCCCCCUGUCUCGUCUUUCCUCCAAGCUAUACAUGUUAAGAUCCUUUAACCUUUCCUGGUAAGUUUUAUCCCGCAAUCCAUGAACCAGUUUAGUAGCCCUUCUCUGAACCCUCUCUAAGGUAUCAAUAUCCUUCUGAAGAUACGGUCUCCAGUACUGUGUACAAUACUCCAAGUGAGGUCUCACCAGUGUGCUGUACAAUGGCAUGAGCACUUCCCUCUUUCUACUGUUAAUACCUCUCCCUAUACAACCAAGCAUUCUGCUAGCAUUUCCUGCUGCUCUAUUACAUUGUCUGCCUACCUUUAAGUCAUCAGAAAUAAUCACCCCUAAAUCCCUUUCCUCAGAUGUUGAGGUUAGGACUCUAUCAAAUAUUCUGUACUCUGCCCUUGGGUUUUUACGUCCAAGAUGCAUUAUCUUGCACUUAUCCACAUUAAAUGUCAGUUGCCACAAUUCUGACCAUUUUUCUAGUUUACCUAAAUCAUUUGUCAUUUGGCUUAUCCCUCCUGGAACAUCAACCCUGUUACAUAUCUUAGUAGCAUCAGCAAAAAGACAUACCUUACCAUCAAGGAUGUCUCCUGUCGUUCCUUGUCUGGGUUGGGAGCGCGGUCUGUUUCCUGCUCAUCUCGUGUGGGCACGGUACUCUGUCGCUGUAGCAGCACGCCAAUGUCUCUGCUGUCCGCCGUAGGUUUUUUGGAUCUGAGUCAAAUGGCCGUCGUAUGAGCUGGAGUGGGAUGGAGGGAGCCCCUGUCGCUUUGUUAGUUGUCUGAGCAGGAAUUCCUCAAGGUCUCAGAUCGUGAGCGUGAGGUAGGCCCCAGAUUUGCGUUUCCGCUUGGGCAGCUUUUGAGCCUGAAAGAAUGGCAUCUACCGAUGCGGCUUGCUGUGCUGAUUCAAGCUGUGUGGUUUGCGAGGCUGCAUGGGUGUCCGUUUCAAUGAUAUCGCCAGGAUUCUAAAAGUUAGACGGAGCUACUAGAAAUGGCGCCUGGUUCAGUGUGGUAGCAAACUCCGCUUAGAGAGCUGCUUCUAAAAGCAGCUGUUCAGUGUAAACGGAAGAAUAACUAAUAUAGUGUUCUUAUGGGUUACUAAUGGCAUGUAUUUCCCGCUCCCUUCGAUGACAAUCAGAAUCACCACUUCUCUGUUUUGUUCCUAACCCCCUAUCCACAAACUUCAUGCUGCUAAUGUGUAUGCCUUAUAUUAAAGGACCACUAUAGGCACCCUGACCAUUUCAGCUUAAUGAGGUGUUUAUAAAUGGGUUAAUCCAGCCUCUAGUGGCUGUCUCUUGACAGCCGCUAGAUGCGCUUGCGUGCUUCUCACUGUGAUUUUCACAGUGAGAAGGCGCCAGCGUCCAUAGGAAAGCAUUGAGAAUGCUUUCCUAUGGACUGGCUGAAUGCGCGCGCGGCUCCUGCCGCACAUGCACAUUCAGCCAACGAGGAGGAGAGGAGGCGGAGAGCUCCCCGCCCGGCGCUGGAGAAAGAGGUAAGUUUAACCCCUUCCUCUCCAUCCAGCCUGGCGAGAGGGGAACCCUGAGGGUUGGGGCACCCUCAGGGCACUAUAGUGCCAGGAAAACGAGUAUGUUUUCCUGGCACUAUAAUGGUCGUUUAAAAAGAAGUUGUAUUUACUAUUUAUAAAAAUGACAACUGUAUAUUGAUAGUUUGGGACUGACAAUCGGACAUUAAUUUGCCUCAGUGAAUAUAUGUGAAACCAAUAGGUUAGUCCUCCCAUCACAUGUCAAAUGUUUAGCUUAUAAAGAAUAUGGGUCUUUUUAAUGACAAUGCCAAUGUACUUGUAACAAGUCUUGAAGUUUUUAAUUGUCUUUAUAUGUUGUUGCAGAUGGAGCAAAAACAAGUGGUUCCUCCCUUCAAACCGAACAUAUGCGGAGAAUUUGGAUUAGAUAAUUUUGAUGUACAGUUCACAAACGAACCAGUCCAGCUUACUCCUGAUGAUGAGUAUGUGGUCAUAUUUUGUUCUUCUUGAGUGAUCAAAAAAAUAAUAUUUUGCUGAGCCUUUCUGUAUUUCAAGUUUGUGUGGGUGAUGGGGCUGUGUUCAGCAGAAUGGUUAUCAUAAGGUGACAAUCAGAAUUUAAUUAGCAUUCAGAUGCGUUGCUACAUGACUCCCUGAUUAAGGAAUGUAGUGUACUGGUUUGGUUAAAGGGCCACUAUGCUAUCUUAAAUUUGAGAAAAGAAAAACAAAAAUAAGAUUAUCGUUGACAUCCUGUUCUUAAAUACACUACAAAAAAAAAAAAAUGUUUUUUUCUUUUUGGUAAUGUACAAAUGGGAAAUGAGGAUAGAUCAGUGUAAAUAGUUAGGUUGAACUGAGCCAUUACAUGAUAAAUAGUGGAAUUGAUAAAUAACCAUCGAGGAGAUAUACGAUUUUCACAACCAAACCAUACAACACACUGAGGUUAUGGGCUUUGUUAAAGCGGUUAAAGAGUAAAACAGGAAGAAUAAUCUACAUAGCAAACAAAUGGCUAGUAAGCAUAUCAUUAUAGUGUGAAACAAAAAAAUACUCAUUUUAAAAUAAUGUAUUUACGAAUAGUCUUAUAUAACAUCUCAUAUGGGCUUAUUAAAUGCCCCCUCUCUCCAGUUUCACAACACACCAUUUUUUACAAAAGCACAUGCAGGAGACAUUUAACUAGAUCUGGGAAUGACCUUAAAACGUCCUUUUUAUAAUAUGAUCUUUAGUAAUAAAAGAUGACGGCCACUUUUCCACUUGAUCUUGAUAAAAGGCCCCCCACAUAAGUGCUAUUAAAAAGCGUUUUACACCUCGAAUUGGAAGCUCAUUAAAGCGUUCUCUCAUUUUCUUUUGUCUUUUUUUCAAACAGUGAUGUUGUGAGGAAGAUUGACCAAUCGGAGUUUGAAGGUUUUGAAUAUAUCAAUCCUCUUUUGAUGUCUGCUGAAGAAUGUGUAUGAUUCUAUGGCGGUUCCUAGAAGACAUUUUGGCCUAAUCAGUGACGAGAUUAUUCUGCUGAGCAGAUACUUGUGCUUGAAUAUGAUCCAGGAACAACACUGUCUACUAUGUUGUGUCAUGCUGCUGCAUUUAAUAUCUGCUAUUUAAACAUCUGAAUCACUGAAAUAGGACCUGUUAAAUGCCUGGACUAUUUAUGAACUUAAUAUGAUUACUGUUUCACCCCAUUCCACACGAUGGCCUUUUUUUUUCCGUAUCACUUUAUUAGUAAUGGUAAAACACGGAGCAACAUCUUAAUUUAUGGUGUCUGGAAUGCAUAAAAAAUACUCUUGUACGGGAAAUGGGACACAUGCCAAAAACGUAUAUUUAAAACGUGGACCUUGGCUAUUUUAUACCAUGUUAUUUGGUAUACAAGAUGUGGAGGGGAAAUACAUUUAUUGUCGUCGUCCCCCUCCCAAUCUUUCCAUAACAUUGUAUACGAGCUACCACUUUUAUGCUAAUAGCCACGUUGUGAGGUCGCUUUUAGGUUCAGUAAUUAGUUUCACUCUCAUUAGUUGGCUGUGCUUAGGUUUUUAAAUAGAGGUUGACUGUGAGCGUCAUGCGAAGUGCUGACAGAUGCCUGUGGCUCCCCUGUCCUUGAAUCAAUGAUGGACAAGUCGUGACAGGGAGCUUUGGAAUAGCACGCUGAACUUGUGUUCCAUUAGACUGACUUAUGCACUGUGAUACUGAUUCUGCAAGUGAAACCCAUGAAACGCAUUGCUUUUGGUACUCACUGUGUUUUUGCGCAGUGUACUCUUAUUGAAACAUUUAUUCUGCUCCAUAAAAAUAGCACCUGAUUGCUACAGUAUACCCAGGUUUGUAACACUCUUAUUCUGAUAUUAAACACAUGAAUUGGAACACUGAAGGGUUUAAUCCCUAAACAGUGAAUUUGCGUACAAAAUAAUCCAAAAUGGGGUAUUGCUGAAUGUGAGAACUUUUCUAACUUGACCUCAAUAUUGCCAAUUCCAUUUUGAAUUGACCAGAUCUCACUGUUUAGUGAAUAAACUUUAAUUAAGCAUAACCACUUUUAAAUUAAAAGAGCCUAUUUAACAAUGUAUUCCCGCUAAGCUAUGGAAGUAAGAAUCACUGUAUUGAAGAAGAGUGUACGUCAAAUCUUAUUCAUUAGGAAUCAUGAAAAAAUGAAGCACACACAUAUAUUUAUAAAAUAUACACACACUAUAAUGUGUAUGCAGCACAGUGCUUUGUAUGCUAUCUUAGGAAGAGCAAAGGGUUAAAUGAAUUUCAGAAAGGUUGUGAAGUGUAUUAUUGUAGAAGCUUUUAGUCUUACUAAAAUUAAAUCUAGUUCAAAGCAGCCAUUCUUGUGCAGUUAACUCCUCCAUAACCAAUGGGGAACUCUGUCAUUGGAGGGUCAAAAUGAUCAGUACAGUUCUGUACUUGUGCCAAAUGAAAUGGCUUUCUUCUUUUUCAUAUGCCUCAAAGAUUGAAGCUCUGCAGGGACUCGACUUAGAAAUACUUUAAAGUACCUGGAUUAAUAUUUUUUUUAAUACAACCCCUAUAGUUUUAAAAAAUUAUUUUAUUUAUGGCCUGUCGGAAAUUAUUCCCUGGUACUGUACACACAAAAAAGUACUAUUUCUCUACUGGCUGCUGUUUCCUGAGAAGCCCACGCUUUCCCACUUAAUAUUCCAAUGUCAGCCCAUUUUUUGUUCUUUAUUCUCUCCUCGAUUAGCCAGUCGGCUGCACUGACUGUUGUCAGAGUACAAAUCUGGCUGUAUCAGAAUAGUGGGAGUGGGAAUCUGUUGAAAACUGGAAAAAUGCACAUCCCAGUUUUAUACAUUCUGAUCCCUGCCCUUUAACCAUUUUUAUAUAAACUACUGUCUUGACUGGGUUUCUGUUGGACAGAAUUCCUAUCAUGUUAAAAGUGUAUCUUUAUGGAUUUCAUAUAUAUAUAUUUUUUUUAUAAGGUGAAUAGCUUAGAGUGGGUAGUGGGAAAUGUAACCUAAAUAUCCUUACUUUGCCUGUUGGAGAGAGGGGUGGAGAAUGUGCCCUUCACAGAUGGAUCUAGAUAUCCUAACUGAACAUGAUGGUCGGUGGAGGAGUAAUAAAAUGUUCCUUUCUCCGAUGUACUUUGCUGCCUUAUAACGUGUUAGAUCUGCAGCGGAAGUGUUAAUGAGAUUCCCUAAAUAGUGACACAGUUCCUUGAGGAGUGUGGCAUGCUGAUUAGAAUAAUACAACAUUAAUAAGCAUAUUUAUUUCAUUAUAUUGAUUUUUUUCUUUAAUUUACCAUUAAAUCUACUUCAGCCACCACAAUUCACAAUAGCACAAAAGGCGAACGUUGGCACACAAGUCUUUGUGAAACUGGCAGGGAUUCGGAUUCUUUACCAACCCUGGUGGUUACCAAAUGUAUUAACCAACGCACUAAAAUAAGCCUACAUCUGUUAUAUGGCUUCAUUUUAAUCUGCUGUUCGCCAACACUUUAAUAGAAUGUUAUCAGAAAGCCUGAUUUUACAUUUUUACACUACCCAGAACCCACUCUAAUUUUAGAGAUCUGUGCUCAAGUUUGCUAUUUAAAAGGUUACGAUUAUUGUUUUUGAGAUCCAGCUACCUCUGUGAUUUGUUAAAGGCCCCCAAAGUGACAGAAGGGUUAAUAUCUUUCUUAUGUUGGAAAAACACUACACACAAGAUCUGCAAUGCCCACAUCAUCUGAAUAUAUGAUCCAAGGAUUAAUUUGCACUGAUGGUGGCUUUGCAUCAAUGAGUGGUUGUAAAAUCCAUUGUGUCUUUACUGGGAGAACAUUCUAAAUCUUAUUACAGAACUCACCAAGUGAUGCCUUCACUGUCAUCCGCUUAAUUUUAUGGACUUAACAUUAUGGAUGUUAUUUUUUUUUUAUGUAGUUUUACAUUGUGUAUCUUUAUUUUAAACGUUUUUUUUUUUAGGGAUAAGUUUUUUUUGUUUUUUUUAUACUUCAUUGCACAAAAUCCUUAAAUUUGUAUGCAUUCAAUGAUUUGUAUGUACUACAUCAUAUGUAUUGUUUUGUUACAUGGACCAGUUUCUCUAAAUGAUGCGUGUGCAUUAUUGGCAUAAAUUACAAUAUGCUUAGACGUCUAUUGGGUGGGUUUAUACCCUAUAUACCGGAUUGGCUUAAAUUUUACACCAAGCUGUCAUUUUAACAGAGUUGGCAAAUUAAAAAAUGUGCCUAUUUCUCCAAUCCAGGUUUCAAUUAAUCAAAAAUUCAGAAAUGCUAAUAAAUAUAAUUUAUCUUUUGCUAUUUUUUCCCGAUGUCCUGAAGAUCUUCGUAAUAUUCCAGCUUUGCUGCAUAAUUUUACAUGUUUUAUUUGUUACUCUAGUGCCGUUCGAUACAACUUUCCAAAGCACACAAUAGCAAAAAUUGGUUUCCCAUGCAUACAGAAAGGAGACGUUUAGAUUUUACGGUAGGAGAUCCUCAGAAUUCAUAGGUCAAAAUUUAGAAUUACAGCAUCUGUUAGAAUACACCUGUAGGUAAAACUAUUUUUUCUAUAUGGAGGACAUAAAAGCCACUAUUACUGAAAAAAUAAUGUCGUACAGGCUGGGUGAAAUAUCGUGUAGAUGAUCAACUUCUUGUUUCCUUAAUAUAUAACUUAUAAAUCAAUGUAAUUUUCCAUUACACGUGAUGGGUGUCAUAACAAAACACUUCAAAGAAAAUAAUUUGUGAGACUCUAAGCAUGAUGAAAUUGAAGAGGGUGUUAUUUGGAUUUUUGAAAGGUACUUAAAUCAUUUUCUGCUACAAAUGCUUGGAAUUACUGGCAGGAAAUUUUGCAGAAACAGGGGUAAAUUUAACAUAUGAUGUAAUACAAUGUUACGGUUAUUCUGUUAUGUGUACACUGUUGUAAUAAACCGUUCAUUCUCCGAGCUUUCUAUAUCAACACCGUAGUAUCAAUUUGCAUGUAGACAGAAUGAAAAAUGCAUGUAUGCCCAUCCAAUGUAAUUGUAUUUUUUUUUUCUUUUUCAUUUUAAUAAAUUGUUUAUACAAAUCUUCAAGUGAUCACAAGAACAUAAUUAUUAACAAUUUAUUCGGCAUGUUCUUUUAUGGUAUUUAGCAGUGGGCUCUUACAGGAUAACAUGGGGUGAAUAAUCGCAGUAUAAUUCUAUCAAUUUGUUUGCAAGGUGCCAAUUAUGGACCGAUAUGAUCAAAAUAUGCCAAUGAUCUAGAAUGC